CAGACAAUCCUGCUUGGCUCCCGCCGGUGCCUGUGACAGCACCGCUCUCUCACUCACUACCCAGCACACACUGGCGGCGCAGGCCUAGUGACGUCACUGCGACAUGGUUAGCAAGGCUAGACACUGAUACGCCGCUAAUCAUCGCGAGAAUACCCGGCAUGCCUCGGAGCAGCACAAUGGAACACACAGAGCCGCUGUUCCGCCCGUCUUUGAUGUCAUCACGCAGGAUAGCUGUACGUAACGUGGAGCUGGGGGUUGUAAGCCGGUGAAGGAGGUGAGGCGUAAGGGGCUAACGGGGCUGUGAGUGUCAGGGCAGGGGGUGAACUUGUGAGGCCGAGCGGGCAGUGCCCGGCGUUUAAUGUCAGCGGGCAGCAGAGGGGCUAAAUCCCAAUACUUUCCCUUACUGUCAUUAAUGUCACCAUGUGCAGAGCCAGCAGCGGAGCCCAUACUGGGACAUGGGUCUGCUAUCACCUUACAACAGCUUGUAGACUACCACUCACAUGGCCAUCAGCCAGCCAGCCAGGGGGAGGACAGAGUACUGCACAACCGCUGGCUGAGCAUUAUGAGAGUUAUAGUCCACAGUGGCUGCACUGCCAGAAUUAUCCAUUGUACAUACAGAGAGAGAGCACUGACUGCCCGCCCAUCCUAACAUUAAAGGGUUCUGCUGGGCAGAGUGUUCCUGUUACAGUGCCUGGAAUGCACAUUCUCUGUACCUUUUUCCCAUCUGGAAUCUGCUGCCUGCUUAAUAUUUCUCAGAAGAACUAAAAGAUAAGGCCAAGGCGGUUUAUUUAGCAAACUGAAGUCUCAAUUACAAAAUUCCACCUAAAAUAGUUGACUAAUUAGUUGACAUUUAUCAACUCGGCUACAGUAGUCUAAAUGUUGCCACCCAAAUUUGUUUGCUACAGGUUUAAUUUUAUUUAAUACAGUUAUAUUUUAUAUGCAUUCCUAUUGAAAUGAAAAAUGCAAAUUAUACAGUGUGCAGAUAAUUCUUAUAGAUCUUAUAGGGUUACUCUAGGCACCAUUACCACUUCAAUGUUUUGAAGUGGCCUUGAUGACUUGAGUCUGUAUGUGUAGCAUUUUGCAAUGAAAAGCUGCACAUACUAAUGUGUAACUCUUCUAACAGCUGUGUCAUUGGGGCAUCAUUCACCAGCCCAGGAAAAAAGUGGCCAGGCUAAUGUCAGUUCUUUGCAUAUUUCUAUGCAUAGAGGGGCCCUCAUUGACGAAUGAAUGAGCUCCAGAGUCACCAUCUGACUUCUGCAAUGCUGCAGAUGUCAUAAACCUGCCUAUAGAGGGGGCCUGGUGGGAAAAUACCAGGGUAUUUCUGCCUGCAUAACCACUACGGCAGGCUGUACUAGAUAAAAUGAUAUCUAUAUGAUAGGAUGUCAUCCUUCCAGCACAAAUGUUGAAUCCUUAUCUUUCAAAUGCUUAUGGCACGCAAGUAGAUCAAAACCCCAUUAAAAAAAAAACAUAAACAGUUUCCUUAAUAAUAUUUAUAAAGAACCAACAAAUUCUGCAGCGCUGUACAAUAGGUGGACUAACAAACAAGUAUUUGCUACAAGACAACUUGGAUGUUCAGGUACAGAGGGGGUUGAGGAUCAUGCUCAAACAAGCCUACAUUCUUGGCGGAGUGGGGUGAAGUGGCACAAGAGGUAAGGAUAGGAUGUUACUAGAAUAGUUUACAAUGGAGGGUUAGUCUUUUGGUUGACACAGUUCCAGGAGAAGAAGCGGGCGGGGGGUGUGGGUACCAAGGUGCUGGGAGGGAAAGCUAUUAAAAGUUUAUUUUAAUGUUUUUCUAUGGAAGUGAGGUCUUAAUCUUUUGAAGGAACUGAGACUGGGUGAGAGCCUAACAGAGAAGGAAACGGAGUUCCAUAGGAGCGGCUCAGCCCUAGAGAAGUCUUGAAGGUGGGCGUCAGAGGUGUGAGUACAAACAGAAGCAGUUUCUCGACAGAGCAUAGGGUCCUGGACAGGACAUUCUUGUGUAUUAGUAAGGAUAAGAAGGUAGGAGCAGCGUUACUUAGAGAUUUGAAAGAAAACACCAGAAUUUUAAAUUGAGCUUUAAAUGUUCUGAGAAGACAGAUUGGAUCUUAUUAGAAGCCAGAGGGAGGAGAAAUGGGCGGGCAAGAAGAUGAUCCUCCCUGCCGCAUUCAUUGUAGACUGUAAAGGGGCAAGCUGAAACCUGCGAGACCACUGAGAAGUGGAUUGGAGUAGUCAAGGUGACAGAUGAUCGUGGCAGGGACCAGCACCGCAUCCAGCAUUAGAUGGGGUGGAUGUGAGCUAUGUUUUUGAGAUGGAUUUGGAGAGUGACUGGACAUCAGGGAUAAAGGAUAGGUUGGAGUAAAAGAGAACACCUAGGCAGUGAGCCUGCGAGGUAAAGCUGUUGGUAGUGCUAUUGAAUUGGAGGGAGACAGACACAAGAGUAGAAACACGUGAUGGAGGAAAGACGAAAAGCCCUGUUUUUUACAGCUUAAAGGACCACUAUAGUGCCAGGAAAACAAACUCGUUUUCCUGACACUAUAGGGUUAUUAGUUCCCACUGGGCUGAAGGGGUUAAAACCCCUUCAGCCACUUACCUUAAUCCAGUGCCGGGCUCCCUCGGCUCUGGUGACCUCUCCUCCCCCUGCUGAAGUCCGCGCCGAAUGAGCAAGAGCCACACACGCACUCAAACCGCUCAUAGGAAAGCAUUGCUCAGUGCUUUCCUAUGGACAUCAGCGUCAUCUCAGUGUGAUUUUCACACUGAGAAUCGCGGAAGCACCUCUAGUGGCGAUCAGGGAGACAACCACUAGAGGCUGGAUUAAAGGAACACUAUAGUCACCUAAAUUACUUUAGCUAAAUAAAGCAGUGUUAGUGUAUAGAUCAUUCCCCUGCAAUUUCACUGCUCAAUUCACUGUCAUUUAGGAGUUAAAUCACUUUGUUUCUGUUUAUGCAGCCACAGCCACACCUCCCCUGGCUAUGCUUGACAGAUCCUGAAUGAAAAAAAAAUGGUUUACCUUUCAAACAGAUGUAAUUUACCUUAAAUAAUUGUAUCUCAACCCCAAAUUGAACUUUGAUCACAUACAGGAGGCUCUUGCAGGGUCAAGCAAGCUAUUAACAUAGCAGGGGAUAAGAAAAUCUUAAACAGAACUUGCAUUAAAGAAAGCCUAAAUAGGGCACUCUUUCCAGCAAGUGUUUAUGGAAGGCUGUGCAAGUCACAUGCAGGGAGGUGUGACUUGGUUUCAUAAACAAAGGGAUUUAACUAUUAAAUGGCAGAGGAUUGAGCAGUGAGGCUGCAGGGGCAUGUUCUAUACACCAAAACUGCUUCAUUAAGCUAAAGUUGUUCAGGUGACUAUAGUGUCCCUUUAACCCUCAAUGAAAACAUAGUAGUUUCUCUUAGCUGCAGGGUUAAAACGAGGGGGACCUGUCACCCAGACCACUUCAUUGAGCUGAAGUGGUCCGUGUGCCUAUAGUGGUCAUUUAAGUUCAAGAAAAUGAGCAGCCAUCCAGUUAGAAAUAACAGAAAGAGACACGAGUCGUGAGAGAGAGGUUUGUGUGUCAUCCACAGAGACAUUAUAUUGGAAGUCAAAAGAGCUGAUGAGUUUACCAGGGCAUGCAGUAUAGAUCGAGAACAGUAGAGGACCAAGGACAGAACCUUGGGGAACACUGACAGAGAGGGGCUGCAGAGAAGAGGAAGAGCCAGAAAAAUAAACUCUGAAAGAGAGCUGGGAGAGGAAGGAAGAGAACCAGAAAAGUUCAGAGUCUAGUAGGCCAAGAUUACAGCAGAUGAGAAGCAUUGUUGAUGAUCAACAGUGUUAAAAGCAGCAGAAAUGUCAAGGAGAAUUAGGAGAGAGUAGCUUCCUCUGGGUUUAGCAGCAAUUAAAUCAUUGGAUACUUUGGUCAGGGCCUUUUCAACAGCGUGACGAGUGUGGAAUACAGACUUAAAUGAGUCAAGCAGAGAAUUGGAUUCAAGGAUGUCAGUCAAUCUAGGGUACACAACUAUUUCAAGGAUAUUGGAGUCAAAUGGUAGUUUCAUCUUAAUGUAAAUGUCAUAAAGUAAGAACAAUACAUUUGUUGCUUAAGACGUAGUCCUAAAUGGAUACUAUAGUUGCCAGAACAACUACAGCUUAAUGUUGUUAUUCCCUGCAGGCUUUUUAAUGAAAACACUGCCUUUUCAUAGAAAAUGAAGUGUUUACAUUACUGCCUAGUAACACCUCGAGUGGCAGUCACUCAGGCGGCCACUAAAGAUGCUCCCUGUGACAGUGCUGCACAGUGUGUAGAACUGCAAGUUCCACAUAGAAUGCAUUGAUGAAAUGCAUCUCUGAGGAGUUGCUGAUUUUUACAAUGUGGUGUUUUGUCUCACAUUCGCAAUAGUCUACUAAUGCUUUCCUAUGGGAAAGUAUUGGAUUGGCUAAGAUCAUCAAGUUUGAUGAUCUUGGCCACGGCGGCAGACGAGUGCGGAAAAAAGGCGAGUAAACUCACCUUUUUCCUGUAAAGAACGGGGCCAGGGAUCAAAAAAGUUAUUUUACCACUGUAGUGUCAGGAAUACAUGUUUGAGUUCCAUUAAGUGUUUCAUUAAAAGGAUUCUGAGUGCUUGUUUUUUUUAUUCUUUAUUUCUACACCGGAAUUGAUUUACUCAUUUAUUCCUGCUGGCACAACUACUACUCUAGGAUCCUUAUGAAUGACUGAGAUGGCUUAAGUCCACCUGAAAUAUUGUAAAUCUUUAAUGAGAGACCAUGGAUUAUCUCUAAUUUACUAUAUCUAUUGACUCAGCAGAUGUGAUCUGUGGACUUGUGCAAGUAUAAAGUAACAUCAUGGGAGAUGUAACACUUCGUCCUAAUAAAUAGAUGUUGCCACUUUUUAUCUGACUGUUUAAAUCAUUGCCUUUUUUCAGAAACGUUAAUGUUUACGUUUGUUAGAGAACGUGUCCCUAGAGACUGUCAGACUGAUGCCAAUAGAGGCAUUUUCUCAAUGGUGAAUUUCAAAAAAAUAAACUUUCAGAAUACUGAUGCUGAAAGCAAUGUUCCCUCUAAAUGUUUAGUAGUUGAAAAUUUUGUCACAGCCUCUCACACACAGUUAAUAAAACUGUAUUGCCAUGUUUACCUUUAAUACAAAUUUAAUUUGAAUAUAUUCUAAAAUGCUCACAUACUACAUUGCCUACAUAAAUUUCAGUUUGCCUUCAUUUUAUUAUGCUAAAAUCAUGCCACAUUGCCCAUAUUCCGCAUUCCAUAAAUGUUAUUAUGCUUACAUGCCUGAUUGCGUAAAUUUUAUCAUGCCUGCUUUACCUGAUGGUGCGUGAUGAGUCUGCUCCCUUAUGCGUGCCGCUUGUCUCUGUGAUUCUCGGCUGUACUCUCACGAGAUGUAUUGACAUCCCGCUGAGGCAUGGCCUAGAUUCAUUGACCCGUGCAGCACCUAUAAUGGAGCACAGGCCCUGCGUGCCCUCAUAAUUUUAUUAUCUGUACUGCAGGCAAAUUGAGUUUGCACGCAGCUUAUAGGGAAUAGUGGCUAAAAGUGUCCACUGCUUCUCAUAGCGUAGCAUUAAAUUAAAUGCAUUUGAGUGUCUGAGCGCAACCAUGAACCUUAUGUCCCUGGUACUUUCCUAUAAAUUGAUUUAGUGCAUCUCAAUGAGGAGAUGCAUAUUACCACAUACGUGCAAUAGCCUCCCAAUGCUUUCUCAUGCAUUUUAGAUUAGCUGAGAUCAUCAGGACUGACGAUUUCAGUCAUAGAGUUGUGGCCAGCCGCCGCAAGACCAGAACGGCAGAGAAAAGGUAAGUAAAAAUAACCUUUUAACUCUGCAGUGAAGAGGGCCAGGGACCUAAACAUCCUUUUCAGCACCAUAGUGUCAGGAAUACAUGUUCGUAUUCCUGGUACUACAGUGUUCCUUUAAGUUCAGUAUGUAUUGAAAGCUAAAUCAAGCAGGUUAACAUUAGAAAAUGUCACAUAUAUCAAAUGUUUUUUUUUUGUUGUUUUUUUUUUGUUUUUUUUAGUCAAUCUGUUUUUUUAUUUAAGGCAUAUGAGAUAGGAUACAGAAGAGAAAACAGAGAAAAUGUUCGAGUGAGUUACAGUUUUGGAUUAAUACAUCAGUAAUAUGUCUCAUUUCCAGAUUAGUAAUGCCUCCUUUUUUCUUUUUUUUUUUUAAGACAAAAAGUAUGCGUUUGAACAUAAGCAAAACCAGCCUACACCUAAGCUAGUUAGGUACACAAAAUGCUACGAUGCUUGGUUAGUUAAGCCAGUGUGACUGCAAUAUGUGAGCAUGUUGUGCAAUGUGUUUAGACAGCUAGAAUUUGAGACUAGUCGACUGAGUAAUAUUAGUUAAACUUAAUACAGUUCUAACGUCAAUAUAUGCAUAUAAUGGUGACUGUGCAGACAGGUUAGUAUAUUUUGCUUAUAAAUGAAGAGUGUAAAUUGGUUAACAUACAGCGCUAUACUACGUUAGGUAAUGAUUAACUCAGGUAGCAUAACCUAGUUUCUGCAUUAGUAUGCAUACUUGGGUCACAUAGGUUGUCUAAGCAUGCGCCAACGGGCUAAAGGAGCAUUGAGUGGACGCACAACAUGCAUGUUAACGUUACAGUGCGUGCUAGGGAAAAUAAAUGCUUAACUGUGAGAGUCAAAAGUAUAAACAUACAGAGUAUAUGAGCCACUGAGUCCCCGCAUACCCACGCCUUAUGGAGGCUGCUAAGUAGACCCUGCAUUGUUCAUGUCCCGAAGUUGAUGGUAUUAUAGUGGCGGUAGCAGCCUCGUGGGUAACAGCCUAGCGUGGCUGGGGGCCAGUCCUGCAGAGUGGGUCUAGCUUCAGCCGACACCCGUGCUCGGAGGCCCACUGGAGCCUCUGUGUGGUGGUGGAAGGCGGGGGCAUGAGUCAGUGUCCCUCCAGCCCCAGGCUCUGAUGAGGGCUUGCAUCUCUGUUCCACGGAUUCGGGGCCUCAUUUCAGAGUCCGGAUCCUUCCCCCGUUGGGGACCGCUGGAGCUCCUGGUGUUUCCCUGCCGCCUGCGGCGUCGGAGUCUCCGCUUCUGUGGGUGAUGCCGGGAGUGUACCUCCCUAUGCGCUCUCAGCCCAGGAGGGCCAGCAUCUAUUGGUACUGGUUGAGGUGUGUUAGUUGCGCCCUGAGGGAGCCUGCUUGUGCCCAGUUCCUUUCCGCUCCCAUCAUCAAUUCGGCCCCGGGCGUGCUCCGCUUGAGUAUAAGCCUCCAGUUUCAUCCAGAAGCGAUCGAAGGCUGCGUCUAUGCGCUGAGUCAGGGUGUCUAGUGUGCUCCCCGGGUAUGGCGCCAGCCGCGUGGUUUCAUGCCGAGUCAGCCUGGCCGCCAUAUUGCUCGCUGUAGCUGUGGACUAUGCUUGUUCCUUUUUAGCAGGUUUCGUCCAGUCUCCAUAUAUCAAAUGUUUGCCAGAGUUGAACUGCAAAGCCAAGUCUUCAUUGCAGUCAGUUGGAAAUUAACUUGUUAAAAGCUUUCAUAGUUUUGAGUAGUGCCUACGUUUGCUGUCUGUUUUGAGCACUCAUGGCCAGGUACACCCAACUUGCUACUUGAUAUAGCAGGAGAUUAAUGAAAAAGCCACAAAAAUACAAUGCCUUUACUGUAAAGACUAAAAAUGUUAUGUAUCGUUCCUAAUGGUUUAAUGUGCCAAAACCUUAUUAACCUUGAUUUUGACCAGUCAGCUGGAAAAAAGUAAUCUUGUUUGCUGUACAUUAAUGUAUUUUGAACUAUGCAGUAAUAUACCAUUAUUUGGGGAUUUUGAUGCGAAGUUAAUCAUUUUUUGUUCUGACAUAUCUGGUCUGUUUUAUGUAUUAAGCUCCCGUGCAAUGGUUAUGAAAGCAUCCAUGGAAGAUGAUGAUUCUGCUUGGGAACUUUCCAUGAAGUACAAAAUGCAAUACAAAAUGAUGAAGAGCAAUACCAACUGGAUAGACAUAACUCAGGAAUUCCGGGAUGCCUGUCAUGGUAAUUAAAAUCUUUUCAUACCAAGGAUUGACUAAAAAUAAUUGUAGGGUAAAAAAAAGUCUAAAACUGUAAAGGUCAAUUUAACUCUCUUGAGCUUUGUCUGUUAACAUUCUGCACUGCAUGGCAGUGUAGCCUGUGUUUUUUUUAAAAUACACUGCAUGCUUUUGAGAGUACUAGGGACUUGCUGUUCUUAUUGUUGCCGACUUCUUGGGAUCCCAGGUAUAUCAGCAGAAGCCAUUUGCCAAGUGAAUGCGAUGUAAUCUAUAACUGUGAUCAUAAUGCAUACAGUACAUGGAGAAAUGAUUCUGAUCCCAAUUAUACAGCUAAAGCAAAAAAUCUCAUUUCACUUUGGCUGUAUAAGUUCUGAGAAAAAUUUAACAGGAAACGAGUGUCCGCUACACACUCGGCCAAUGAAUGCUGUUCACUUAAAAAUUUUGUCCAACUUAUAUCUGUCUUUUUAAAUAGUAAAUAUCAAUAGUUAGUUCUGAAUGUUAAGUAUUGUAAAGAUAAUUUUUUUCACAACUUUUCUCUAAGGUAGUUCAUUUUAGUUGGUAGGCUAAUGUAACAAGUAAGCUUAAGUUAAAUUUAAAAUAUAUAUUUUAGUUUUUGAUUUGUCUAAUAUACAAAUAGGCUCUUCUGUUACGUAUAUCUUAAAGCACUACUGGCAUAGCAUCAGAGUUUGAAGAGUUUGACAGUGUUUUCAUCGACACAAUUAGAUUUGCUAAAUUUCUUGCAUUUGAAAGAUAAUCUAGAAUGCGACAAACGUUUGUCUCCUAGUUUUGCUAAUUGCAAUUAUAAUAUGUGGAGAUUUAUAUAUCUAUGGGGUGUACUCGUCAUGGCUGCCUUGCAUAUAAAGGGAAGCUUAAGUUUAAACAGUACAUGUCAACAAAAUGGUGUUAAAAUGGACAAUUUCUUUUUGCCUGCUAGACUGCUAUUAAAAGAGGACCAUCGCUAUUACUGUACAGUGUGUGUAUGUAUAAGCCCUGGUGCCAAACUCCGGGCAAGAUAUAUCCAGUUAGAGCACAAAAUCUGUCUUCAAACUUAACCGCAUGUAUUAUUUGCUAUGUAACUGAUUACAUCUUCAGUCUUGCUACUGUUCCAUUCACUCUCUUUUUCUUUUUUAGCAUCUAUAUAAUAUUGAUUUGGCUGUUUAUUGUUGUCUUCCAAAAUCUCCCAAAUGAGAGGAUUGAGGCGUUGGCAUGUAAUUCACAUAUGUUUGCCUGAUAGAAUAAUUAAAUAUGAAGACACAUUUUGUCCCCUGAGUGAUGUGCUUUAUCUAGAUGGAGAUAGAGAUGAUAUAUAUCUUGACGUACGUGUAAUAUAUAUAUCUAUAUCUCCCACUCUCUACUCGCUACACAUAUUGACACACAACACACACACUCUUUGUACGAUCAAACGUAUGUUGGCUCUAGCUCAAUGAAUUUGCUAAUUGAUUUUAUUCUAAAAUUGUGCACCUCCACUGGCGCAAUGAAGCAUGAAACACAUCCCCAGACCUUGAUUACUCAUUCACAAAAUGUUAGGUAGUACUAUGCUGGCAGGAAGGUAGCAUUCUCCUGCCAUCUUCCAAACUCAUAGCUGAUGCUGUAUCUUCGUUCUUUACUCCAAAGAACACAUCCAAUGUUCUUGAUCAGAAACUUGUCAUACUCAUGUUAAGGGACCACUCUAGGCACCCAGACCACUUCAGCCUCAGGGCACUAUAGUGCCAGGAAAACGAGUGUUUUAGUGGUCCUUUAAGGUGGUUUACGGAGUCCCUUCAAAUAUACAAACCAGCUAAUGAUGUGACCAGCCAUUCAGAAAAAAGGCAUAGAUCUGUUUCACUAAAUGGAAUUCCAUAAGUGCCACCUCUGCCAGUAGCAUACAUAUAAAGGCUGACUGUUGUGGUGUAGUCCAGUGGUUGAUUAUUAGAAAUCAGAUGUUGUGAGUAUCUCCAGAGAUGCCAUUAUUGAACAUAUAUUAUGUUACUAAACAAAAACAGUAAUUGCUAUCAUGUAUCUCUGUUACAGAACUGAAACUGGGAGAGUUGCUCCAUGACAAACUGUAAGUAUGGCUUGAUAAAGGCAGGGUUUCACAAACCAAUACAAAAGGGCAACCUGCAAUCCAGGAUUCAUGGCUACUGGAACAGACAUGCGUAAGCUGAAAAUCAUGGACUGCUGGUGGAACUUGAGUUUUGGUUUGAGCAACACUAUUAUUGUACAAGUUUCAAGGUAUUUCAGAGGAAGAUAUUGUAACUUAACAAAUUUCUAUCUCAGUGCUAAUAAAAUGUUUAUUAAAUUACAGUUAUUUAUGGCCUGGGUUGAUAACCUUCUCAGACCCACCAAGAUCUAUGUGGCAUUUCUUAUUGGAGGCUACAGCACUAACCUCCUCUCUUCCUCUGACACAAUGGGUUUAGAGUAUAAUGCCAUUCACUGUAAUAAGAUGGGUCAGUGUGCUUGCAUAUCUCUACAUGUAAAUGGAGUUAUUAUAUUGUCUUGUACAUCCAGUAUAUUCCCUGUGGUGUUGCUGUAGACCCUAAAGGAGAUUUAUUUUAAGGCAAAUAAAACGUUUUUUACAAUAAGAACUAAGGAUAUGGAAUUCUCUGCCUGAAGAUAUUGUUCUAUAAGAGUCCAUACAGUUGUUUAAACAGCAAUUGGAUAAAUACUUCCAAAAGCAUAACAUACAAGGAUAUAAUUUCUAAUUAGUGGGGUAAUAGCUGCUUGAUCCAAGGCGAUAUCUGACUGCUAUUUUGGAGUCAAGGAGGAAUUGUUUUCUAGUUUGUUGCAAAAUUGGAAGCGCUUCAGACUUUUUUGCCUUCUUUUGGAUCAACAGCAAAAACAUAUGUGAGGAAGUCUGAACUUGAUGGACGCAAGUCUCUUUUCAGCUAUGUAACUAUUUGUGUGGGUUUUUUUUUUUUUUUUGUUAAACCUUUCCUUUAAUGCCAUCAUUCGUUAGAAUAUCACAAAUCUCUAGCUUUGCAAUAUGUUUUUAGCAUUGAUAUUUGUUAAUUUUUUACCAGCUUUGGACUCUUUGAAGCAAUGUCAGCUAUUGAAAUGAUGGAUCCUAAAAUGGAUGCUGGAAUGAUUGGUAAUCAGGUUAAUCGAAAAGUCCUUAAUUUUGAACAGGCCAUAAAGGUAAGUAUCUUAUAGUCCACUUCACAUGCAUAUGUUCUAUGUCAUAUUAUUUUAGCACCAUAACCACUAAAGCACAUGGUAAUGAUUAUAAUGAUUUAGGUCUGUGGCCACCAUGCCCCAGUUUUUUGUUGGUUUUUUUUACAAAAAAAAGUCAAAGCUAGCUUUUUGCUAUCCAUACUCUAUAACAAAAAUCGAAAUGGUAGUAUCUAUAUGCCUAACUACAUACUUUAGUGCUGCUAAAUAAGUGUGACUUGUCUCACCUUGGUCCUAAGACAACAUUUUAUGCCUUUGAGCCAGGGGAUGUACCAGACAAGCUAUACUUUAUAAUUUAUUCUAAAUCUUAUUACUAUACUUGACACCUCUUGUGCACACUUUUCUUGUAUGGUUAUAUUUAUUUUCUCUGUAAAAGCUUUUCAUUAAAAAAAGAAAAAGGUUAUAUUUUAAAUUUAACCUUAGCAUCCAGGAGUACUUGGGUUUUUCUUUCAUAUUCACAAAGUAUGGUUAACCAAGCAAUUCUGAGAUAAAGAGAGAGGGGAAUAUCUUACCAUUUGGAAGACUGACAUGUGACACUGCACCAAGAUGGGUCCUGAGUAUAUAUGAGCUCUAUAACCAAAUGCAAAGCUAAUGUUCUGUUGUAUGAUGUCAUAAUUACACUGAAUUUUUCAUUGGUCAUACCCACAGGCUAAUAGUAAUGUUUGGUGCUAUAACAGUGCUGCACUAUACCUGAUUCGUUGAUGAGAUGCGUGACCAGUUCCACAAGUGUCAAACAAUUUGUUCAUGAUUACUUGGUUGCUAGUUAAAAUGCAUCUGAUAGGCAACAAAAUAAAAAUCAGCCAUGAUACUUUUGAUUUAAAUAAUGUGAAUAAUAUAUUUGUCUACCUAAAGGCAAAAUGUGUUGUUUUCUCAUCAUUAUUCACAAAAGUCAGUAAUAUCCAAAUCUUGCCCAUUGUUAAGUGGCAUUUCCCAGACUUCACUGCCAGGAUUUGAAAUAUACUCUUAGGGUUUUUUCAAUUAAAGGGACUCUCCAGUGCCAGGAAAACAAACUGUUUUCCUGGCAUUGCAGGUCCCCUCUCCCUCCCAACCCCCCAUCCCAAGUUGCUGAAGGGGUUAAAACCCCUUCAAUGACUUGCCUGUAUCCAGCGCCGAUGUCCCUCAGCGCUGAGGGUCCGCCCACGCUCAUCCCCCCCACCGUCAUCCAGUGGGGGAGACCUAAUGCAUUAGACCUCCCCAUAGGAAAGCAUUGAAAAAAUGCUUUCAGUGCUUUCCUAUGGGGAUUUCAGCGAUGCUGGAGGUCCUCACAUAGCGUGAGGAUGUCCAGCGACUCUAUAGCACACUUUUCGUGUGCUAUAAUCACGGAAGUGCCCUCUAGUGGCUGUCUAGUAGACAGCCACUAGAGGAGGAGUUAACCCUGCAAGGUAAAUAUUGCAGUUUAUGAAAACUGCAAUAAUUACACUUGCAGGGUUAAGAGUAGUGGCAGUUGGCACCCAGACCACUCCAAUGGGCAGAAGUGGUCUGGGUGCCUGGAGUGUCCCUUUUAAGUGUGAAUUGUGGUAAAUUCAAAGUGAAUUUCGAAUUUAAGGCCGAAGUAGCUGAUCUGGAAGCAUGGCUGAAUUGGAGAUUUUAAUUUUUCCCAUUUUGGUUUUAAAUUUGACAUUCACUUUGCAUUCCCAUAAGUUAUCACUUUAUUGAGUAACCAUGUAAAUCUUGCACCACAUUAUAUAGAAUUCGUUUUAACCUGUACAUAAUUUAUAGGGACUCUUUGUUAAGAUUAACCCCUUAUAUUUAUUUUUAUUACGUAUAUAAUAAAGUGUGUGUUUGUGUAAAGAAAAGAAAAUAGUAUGUAUAUUUUGUGGUAUCGAUUUGCAAUGAAAAGAAGCCCUAAAUUGUUCAUCUUUUUACUUUAAAGGAUGGCACCAUUCAAAUUAAGGAUUUAACAUUGCCUGAUCUAAUUGGAAUUAUGGAUACCUGUUUUUGUUGUCUGGUAAGUACAUCAAUAAAACAAGUAUUUGUAAUAAACUCUAAGAAAUUAAAGUCUAAAGAUCUUGCAAUAAAAGCAUUUUUUUUUUUUUUUUUAAUUCUUUAUUUUGAUUGUGCAGAUUGGUACAUAACAUCGGCAAACGCCACAACAGCGUACAAAAACAUGCUCAAUAGCUUGGCAGUGGCUUGUGUGUGUGCACAUUUUUGUAAUGAUAGAAAAAGCAAAAACAAAAUAAGCUCGAUUACAGGCUAGACCUUGUUUCACUGCAUUAUAGCGUAGUAUAUGAGUAUCUUGGCGUCAUUUCGUUAUAUACUACAGUAGUGAGAUGGAUGCCAAAGCCUACAGGUUUGCUUAUAAAACAAUACAUGCGAUUUAGAGCAACAUAUUAGCAGAACUGUAAAUUGGUGAUUAAAUCUAAUAAGUGGGUGAGUAAAGUAAUUAGCUAAACUAAUAGUUAAUACAGUUAAUACAGUUGACUCCCAUGGCUAUAUUCCUUCAAUCAACUUAGCAAUACGUAGAUUACCGUAAGACACCCCUCGGUCACCUCAUUAAGGUGAAGGCCGUCCCUGGGUUGGGUAUUGCGGCCCUGUGGCCGGAGUGUAGUAUUACAUGCAAACUUAAAUGGGAGAUGUAUAUGUCGCGUAAAAGGAGACCUUUCGCAUAUGCUUACAGGUGUGACCAUUAUGCUAUACCGGGGCUUUUAAUGUAUUUGCAUGCUAGGGUUAAUAAUCAUUCUAAACAAUAAGCUGUCUGUGCGAUGCUUUUCAAGGGCUAAUGUUGGCAGCAUAAGCUAACAAAAACAAACACACACCGCACUUUAAACUGGGGAGGAAAUAACAUUGUGAACCGAGAUUCGUGGGAGUUCAAUUGGGGCAUAUAAGGCUGGGUUACAGCGAGUACUAUGCCUGGUAUUGAGUCCAAAUCUCUGCUGGAUCAGCCGAUGAGGCCUAAGUUUAUUGUCCUAAAGUCCGUGCUGACGGUCAGAGCGACCGACGGGGGUUGGAUCCCAGCAGCAUCCAGGUAAGCAUGGGGGAUAUAGGCCCUCUUGCCCCCGACCGUCCUGAGAUGUUAGUGCCUGGGUUCAGUAUGGACUAACGUGAGUGAGGUCAGGAGAAAAGAAAGUCUCUGUUAAGCUGGAAGGUUGGUGUGAGAUUCUCUGUAGAGAUUAGUGAUUAGAGUUCAGGUUGUGGCCGUUCUGUAGGUGUCUUCUGCGGAGUUGCGCGGUACAAAUGGAGCUGCGCCGGCCGGGUCCCAGACAUGCGUUGCGGUCCCUGUCCCUGCUCCUCUGUUGUUUAGGGAGUCUUGUGGCAGGCCCAGGGUCUCUAAGAUGGCCACCGCCCCUUCGAGGUCUUGAACAGGGUAAGAGAUGUUACCUUGGAGGACGGCUAGAGUGCGGGAUCCUCUCCAUCUGUAUGAUAUGCUCCGUUCGCGGAGGAGCAGCGUGAAAGGCUGUAGUGUUUUGCGCCACGCCAGGGUGCUUCCUGAUAAGUCAGAGUAAAACGUGAGUAGUAAGUUCUCAAAGUUGUAGGGGGUCUUUCCUUUUAGUGCCCCCAUGACUGCUGCUUUGUCUUGCCCUGAUUGAAAUCGAACAAUCAGGUCGCGCGGAGCUGUGGCUGGUGCUUUUUGUGGUCUCGGGAUCCGGAAUAUUUCUUCGGGUGUCACCGAUUUCGCCUGUUUAGAGGGCAAUACCGCCGUUAGUAGACGUCUUAUCAGAUGCGGUAGCUCCGCGUCGGGGACUGUUUCUGCUACUCCCCUGAUCUUAAGGUUUUUGCUUCGCCUGGAGUCCUCCAGUGCUGCAAACCGCUGUUCCGUGGCGGCAUGUUGUUUUUGCAGUGCCUGCACCUCUUGCUGUAGUUGGGUAAGUUGUGCCUUCGCAUUGUGGGUGUCGGUUUCCAGGGUACCCAUGCGGCCAGUCAAACCCUGUAGGUCUUUGCGGAAAGUCGCCAUAUCCAUUUGGAUGUCUCUCCGCAGGCCUGCCAGCAGCUCCUGCAUGUCGGCUUUGGUGACUGGUGAUGACUCCGGUUGUAAGGUUGCGGGUACCGUGUUCCGGUUUAAUUCUCUCGGAGCUGGAGGUUGUAGAUCCCGGGGCUCCAAACUAUGGUCGUCCGAGAAGUCGGAGCUCUCCCCCAUGUAAGCCGCCAUUUUGGGCAUUGAGGCGCCAUGCGCCUGCCGCCAUAAGUCUCCGAUGCCCGCCCCUGGUUUCGGCUUAUCCGGCCUCUGUUUUUUUAUUUUUCGGCCCAUGCCGGUGUGGGCUGUCUGGGGGUCCGGGUGGGGUCCGUUUGUCGGUGUCUGGGGCCGCGGAAAACUCGAAAAACAGGCCUCUGGUGUCGGAGCACAUUAGGCAUGCGACCGUUCCGUUCAAUGGCUUAGCUCCGCCCCCGCAAUAAAAGCAUUUUAAAGCAGAUUUUCUAAUUUUCUGAAAUAUUGUAAGAACUAUGUGGUGUAUAAUGCUUCAACAGGAAGAUUCUUGAACUAAGCAAUGCUUGAUAACUCUUACCCUAUUGUGCUGAAUCUUUCCCAUUGAUACUUAUAGUAAAAUUUGUCAACUGCAACACACAGGCUACAUUUUAUUUUCCUGUAAAGAGACGAUCAUUUUGUACACACAAAUACAACUUUUAAAACAUUAGUUGUUUUUAUGUCUCCAGGAUGUGACUUCUUCCGUACAAAAGGUUAUUGCCAUGGUCUCUUACAUUUUUUUUUUAUGGUAUAGCUUAAAGCUAUAGUUCACUGUCCCCUCUUUUCAAAAAUCUUCUGAUCUGUUGCUUAAAUAUACCCAGAUUCACUAGGGUGGAUCUUGAGUUAACUCAUUCUUUCCCCCACCCCCUUCUUUGCAGCUUUUCCCAUACUUUCUUUUUUUGUUUUCCCCCUCCCCCUGUUCUCUUUUAGUUUUGUUCUAUUAUAAUGUAAACUCUGGAUCAAGUCUACAGUGUACUUUGCUGUUUAAAGUAUACUUUAAUUGUAUCUAUGUGAAUAGCUAAUUGGUCUCAGCCAAUGAGCUAAGCCCUGCACUGCCAGGCUUAGCUCAAGACUGAGAGCUUCUGGUAGUGUAGGUGCGGAUUAAUGUCCAGCGGACCACAGGUAAGCAGUUAAACCAUUCUAAAACAUUUUGCUUUCUUAUGGUUAGGUGAGGUACCAGGGCACUAUAGUACUAUGAUGAAAGCUUGCUAUAUAUACACACAAACACAGAAAAAAUCCAUGCACUCACGCUGUCUUGGUAAAUGCCGGGUGCAUAUAUUACAAGAAACUGCAGUACUUUAUAGUUUUUCAUCGAGGUUUAAACAUAUAGCAUACAAAUUCCUUAUUGGCAAUAGCACAAUCUCUGUCCAAAAGUCAUGUGAACAUUUUUACUCUGAUUCUAAUCACAAAUAUUUAUUUUCUUAUUUACCUUUAGAUAACCUGGUUGGAAGGGCACUCCUUAGCACAAACUGUUUUCACUUGCCUUUAUGUCCAUAAUCCUGAUUCUAUAGAGGACCCCGCUAUGAAGGCAUUUGCUUUAGGCAUUCUCAAAAUUUGUGACAUUGCUAGAGAGAAAGUCAACAAAGCUGCUGUUUUUGAAGAGGUACAACCGUUUUCAACUAAUCUAUAUUGAUGUAAAGCAAUUAUAUAUUUGCAUGACUUAAAAAAAAUGUUUUUUAAAUCAUUUGGGGAGUAAAUCAGCCAGUGUAAUACUUAUUAACACUAGAAGUGUAAGAAAUUGGGGGAAAAAUAUAAAAAUAUUGUGUAAGCAUGUUUCCCAUGGGACCCAAGAGCAGUAGAUAACAACCCCAACGUUCCAGCAUUUCAGCCUGGAAUUUCCCCAGAGGAAGGCUGAGGCGCCAAAACGUUGGGGUUGUUCUCUCCUGCUCUUGUGUCAGUAUGCUUGUUUUGUUAUGGGUUUCUUAUUUGAGUACUUACUAUUGCAUGUAUAGUGAUUAUUGGUGUGCUAUUUUGAUGUUUACAUACCUGUACUGUUAUUUGCACAUCCAUUAUUCAAUCUAUACUUAUCCACUGUAUAAAUAAAAACACUUUUAUAUGCAAAGUUAUUCUGGUGUGCUUGGGUUAUUUUCUACUGAGCUCAUGGAUCUGGUGGGGGAUCAGAUUUUCCCUUGCAGCACCUGGCACUUCUCCGUUUUACUAUUACCCAUAUUUGCUGUGAGCGCUCACUAUAAAUUUAUAUGCACCAGUAUGAAUAAACCUGGUGUUUGAGUGAAACAGAAUCCGAUAUGUAUGUUUUCUAGAAUAUCUGUCAUGUUAAUAUUUGGUGACACUGUUUUGGUUUUAAAGAAGAAAUUGUAUUGCACCAUUAUAUGCCAGGCAGGAAACACUGUAAUGAACAUAGUGUGCAUGAUAGUGUCUUGUGUGAGUGAUGUAAUCCAGCAAGUGUAGCUUUCAUUCAGAUUAACUGUUUCAGAGUAUACAAAGGUAGAUUUCUUUAGAACAUAAAGGGACCUAAGGGUAUUUAAUCAGACACAGUAAAAUGUCUGGUAACAUUUUAAAAUAUUUUAGUGGGUACUAAAAUAUUGCUUUUUUUUUUUUUUCUUUAUCUUUUAUUCUAAAGGAGGAUUUCCAGUCUAUGACAUAUGGAUUUAAAAUGGCUAAUGGUGUCACAGAUCUACGGGUAACAGGUCAGACAUUAUACAUAAUGGCUCUGCCCAGUUUGAACAUUCUUUACAGUUUCGGGUAUUCUUUACAAAUAUGUCCUUUUUCAUAGGAAUGUUGAAAGAUGUAGAAGAUGAUCUGCAGAGGAGAGUUAAGGUAUUUUUAAUUUAUUUCAGUACCUGUUAAUGGCUUGCAUUUCAGUAUUAGUUUGAAAUUUAAAAUUAACAUUUCACCUAUAUAUUAUAGGUGUCACAUCUUUAGUAUAAUGCCAAAUAUUUGUGUUCUGCAUAUUUAUUUAACCAUUGUUAAAACAUAAUGAAAAUAUGGAUCAACAAAAAAAACUAACGCAUUGACAAGUAUUUACAGGAGUAAUUUUGUCUCCAUGAUGAAAUUAAAAUGUAAAAUUCUCAACUUUUAUGAACAUAAAUCAAAGAUAUGAAUUGUUUGAAAAAUGCUCUACUAGUGGAUAUGGUGCCAUGCAUGCCCAGGAUUACUCCCAGAUUAAGUAUUCGAACAGCUUUGGAACAUAUUGACUUCUUUCGUGCCAGACGCCACUACCCUCCUCCUCUCAUUCCGCUUUGGAGAGCCGGAAGCUCCUGCUAGGAGCUGUCGUUAGUUCUCCUGAGCCAAGUCCAGGCUCUGAUCAGUCUUACUCAGUGAGCAAAGCUGUGUCCCAUAAGGUUUAUCUAGACAGAGAGUUUCUGGCACUGAGACCAGAAGGGAAAGAGUAGGGACACCAGUUAAGAAAACAAAUGGUUUGACUACUUACAUUGAAGAGGCACCAGGACACUCCUUGUACCAGAUCCAGCACUCUGCAGUACUUGGUGUAUCCCUGUAACUCAAAACCAUAAAAAAGAAACAAGAGAGCAACAAAAUAGUGCAGCAUCUUUAAAAUCACUGACACACCAUAUAUUCACUCAGACUCUAUUUGUGGUAGGCUUGCAGUAAAGGUUAGACACGUCUCCUGCAGACUGUUUUCCAUUUUCCACCUCAAACCAAUGGAUGACUUUUUCUGAUACAGUUAAGCAUUGUAGGACUUGAACAAUUUGGACAAAAAAUUAAAAAGAAACCAGAUAUGCAAAGAUAAUAUAUAAUUUCCAAAAUACAGCUGUAAUUGCAAAGGUGGUUUUACAAAAAUAAAAAAAUAAAACAGGUAUUUGUUGAUUUUUAAGUACAACCAAACAAAUACAGAAAAUGUAGGUGAAGAUCUACAAAAAACAAAGUGCAAUAGAGUGAUACAGUAUAAAGUGCAGCUAUAUGCGCUGAAUGGCAUUACAGGAUGCAGACUUGUAAAAUUGUAUUAGGGUGCCUCCCCUUAGCACGAUGGAGUGCUAAUCCUGGACUUCUCUUCUCAUGGCAGUCUUCACACCAAUAUGGAAGGCAUGUCUAAAAAUAUUAUCCACAAUAAGAUAUGCUUUAUUUCAUAGAACAAAUAUAAAGGUGUACAUAAAAAUAAAACAAUUGGGGGGGGCGGAGCUAGCCGCGACCGCGAAUGGCCGCUUGAAAACGGAGCUCCGAGCGCCGCGACGGGCAAUCCGCAGCCAUCAGGCUUAAUUAACAAAAUGGGACACCCCGAAAGAAUGUCCACAGCCUCCCAACAAGCCGGCAAACUGCAAAGGCCGAAAACCGGAGCGCUCACCAAAUAUUUCAAAGAUCACGGCGACCAACAGCCCGACCAUGCAGGCCCCAAUAUGGCGCCGGAUGAAUUCUCCCAAUCACCCCCAUCCAGCCCUGCAGCAUCUGACACACUGUCACAGGAUCUGGACAGGGAAAAAGACAAAGACCUGAGGGAGAUUCUGAGAAACCUCCCAUCUAAGCAAGACCUUGCAAACAUGCUGCAAAAACUGGAGGUGACUUUCCAGAAAAAAAUGGCCGACAUCACAGCAGAAGUAACACAGGUCAGUGAAAGGGUCAGCUUACUAGAAAGUGACCAAGACUACACAGCCACACAAAUGCAAAAUCUCCAAAGUACACUAACAGCACAAAAUGCCCAAAUAGCAUCCAUGAAUAGAAUGAUAGAUGACUUAGAUAACAGAGGGCGCAGAAACAAUUUAAGAAUAAAGGGCAUCCCAGAAAAAGAGGGGGAAGAUUUAAAGGUAACCCUCCAAGAGCUAUUCAAUCUUAUACUGCAAAGAGAUGUAUCAACCCCUAUAGCACUGGACAGAGCCCACAGGGCACUCAGGCCCAGAAACCCCAUGGCAGAGGCACCCAGAGACAUAGUGUGCAGACUGCAUUACUACUCUAUUAAAGAAGACAUACUCAGAAAUCUCCGCCAGACGACACAACCGCUGCUAUUCCAUGAGAUACCUGUGCAAAUCUUCCCAGAUCUCUCCUGGAUGACGCUGCAGGCGAGGAGGACAAUGAAACCCCUCACAGACCUACUGCGCUCUAGGAACAUAAGAUACCGCUGGGGAUUCCCUCUGGCCCUUACUGCCACGCACAAUGGUACAACAGCAACUCUAUCCUCAGCAGAGGACGUGCGGGUCUUCACCUCGGCCCUAGACCUACCGGACAUAUACAUACCAGACUGGUAUGGGCCGCUACAACCCCCAAAUCGCUCGCAGAUGACCCACAAGCAAAGAGGGCAGACGCCAUCCAAACGCAGAAGCAACGACCAAACGCACCACCAAGGAGGUCCCAGACCGAGAGCAGGCCCCCCGGCCCUUCGAUGGGACCCAAGGCACAUGACGACGACCACCAACUAAGAAAUCACUGCCCCAAUCGACAAGGACCCAACUAAGGUCCAGAGAUCUAUAACGACCACUAAUAAUCCAGAAAUCCACCCACAGAGACUGCAUCUCAAGGCCCCACCCUAGGGACACAAUACCUGAGCAUCACAAGAAAACAUACAAAUCAGGACAUCUCCCACGACAACCUAGACUUGCUUCGGUCCGCGAGCUCUAUGAAAAGGAGACUCUCCACUCUACCGACACUCCUAGAUGACACUGGUUCUGGACUGAAAGACCACAUACUGUCAGCAGGGAAGAGGACACACAGAAACAUGAGGCAAUGGCACUCCGGAGGGGUAUGAGAGGAAAAAUAAAAAAUAAAAAUAAUAAUAAAUAUGUAUGUUUUACCGUAAAUGAAUGUAUAUGUACAGGCUCUGCUGACAAGCAUAAGGCCUCCCCUCACCCCCUAAAUCACCCCAGCCCCCCCUCCCCCUUUAGCCUAAUAAUCUACCACUCUCAUAAAGACACUGAGUGGCAUCUCGGGUAACGGUAUACCACUCCCACUCCCCUGUCCCCUUCCCCACUCCCUCACUACUAACCCCUCUUCCCCUUGGCAACAACCUCAAGGAAUGCCCCUGAGGUCAAUUGAGAUCUGAUUGAUUGUCUUACCGGGAAAUGUAUACCAUGUUAUGUCAAUUAAUGGAUGGUUUUCUAUUUUAUGUUCUUUGGGAGAGCUGCAAAUGUUAUGGGAAUAAUAUUUGUCUCACUCUACACUUCUUAUGCACACCCGAGCAAGCAAUUGAGAUGCAAGCCUCCUCCAACUACGAGGCAGAGCCCCUGCCCAAGGGGACACAUAAAGCCUACCCCUAGACUAUUAGGCAACUCACUAGAGGCAAGCAGCCUCCAGCCCCCCCCCCUUUUUUCUGGAUCAUAUCCUCUAAAAUCGACCUGCUCCACAAACACACAAUCUUACCUGUCCCACUAAUUUGAUCCCCUUGCCUGAUCCACUACUCACUACUGACAACUAUCCAUAGGAUUGCCCGUCUCUGGCGAGACAUUUAAUAACAACACCCCAACCUACCACCUCCCACGAAAAUAAAACCUCGAUAGCAGGUGGAAAGACUUGAGCGGCCAAAGCGGUGCACGUGCAGCUCCCCAAAGGCCCUAAAGCCUCUCAAGGGGAAAGCCACCGACAGACAAGGCCGCCAACCCUUCCCGUCAACACCAAACAUCUCAAUUUCUUGCUCCACCUGCCUAUACACAAUUUUGUACAUAGUUCAUUUGUUAUCGGUUAUCUUCCCCUGGUACACAAUACGUGAACGACAGAUCACACAGUUCACACAAUUUCCAUCAUGGCAAACCUCAACAUAGUUACCCUCAACGUCAGGGGUCUAAACUCCCCGACAAAAAGAGCACUAACGCUACACGAACUCCACAAACUUAGAGCUGAUGUGGCAUUUCUUCAGGAGACCCACCUAAAAGCAGACUCCACCAUCACUAUUCGCAACAGACACUACCCCACAGGAUAUUUCAGCUCCUACACGGACGCAAAAUCCAGAGGAGUAGCCAUCCUCAUAGGGGCACAGACACCAUAUACCCACACGUACCAAUACACAGAUCCAAACGGUAGGCUGCUCAUAAUUAAAGGCAAAAUUGGCAGUACAAUUGUAACUUUCGCAAAUAUCUACCUGCCAAAUACCAAACAACACAAGCACCUACGCAAAUACCUCAACAUAAUCGAAAAACAUGUCGAAGGCAUUCUUAUACUCGGAGGUGACCUAAACAUGUCCCUUGACUCGGAAUUAGACACUACUUCCAGCUCCAGACUAUUAGACAAAUCUUAUUUAUUCGACUGCUGGAGAACCAUACACCCACAAAGACGAGACUACUCUUUUUACUCAACGGUCAAACACAUACUCUCGUCUGGACAUGCUAUUUGUUCCUCACAGACAUAUACACUUAAUUCAAUCAUGUGAGUAUGGCUUGAUCACAUGGUCGGACCAUGCCCCCUUGUCUCUAGUUUUUCAAAUCCCAACUCUGACACCCAACAACUUCCAAUGGAAACUAAAUGACACCAUGCUGAAUGACACAGCCACGGUUGAUACACUAACAACCACACUACAACACUACUUUGAGGAAAAUACAUCCCCGUCCAUAUCCCCGACAAUAACCUGGGAAGCUCAUAAAUCAGUAAUGAGAGGACACAUCAUAGCUAUAGCCUCCAAACUCAAGAAAAAGAAAGAUGCCCAAAUCACUGAUCUCCUGCGAGAUAUCCGCCUAAUUGAACAGACACACAAACACAACCUCUCCCUAGACAUCUAUAAACAACUAGUUGACAAACGCACAACCCUACAAACCCUGUUAAAUUCCAAAAUCAAACGAUCACUCACUCACACCAAAUAUUCAUUUUACACUCAAGGAGGAAAAUGCGGGCGAAUGCUAGCCAAAGCCCUUCAGCAAAACACGCAACGCACAUACAUAACCACGAUCAAAAGCGAAGACGGGACACGCACCCACCUACUCCCAGCCAUACUUAAAGAAUUCCACGCCUUCUACACAAACCUGUAUAACCUCAGGCAGACGCCACCACGACCAGAGGAAAUUACCCAUUUCCUCUCUAACAGAAUCACGCAAACGAUCCCCACAAACGUAAGACAAUCCAUUGAAGGACCCCUAACAGAUGAAGAAUUUAGACUGGUAGUUAAAAACCUCCCCAUAGGCAAAAGCCCAGGACCCGACGGCUUCACUACCAAGUACUUCAAAACAUUCACAAAUCUGCUCUGCAAACCCUUUGUCACUGCCUUCAAUUCACUGGCUUUAGGACACAAACUCCCAGUAGAAUCCUUAGAAGCCCACAUCACAUUGAUCCCCAAACCCGGAAAGGACCUAGAGGAGUGUGGGAGCUACCGCCCAAUCUCUCUUAUAAAUUGUGAUUUGAAAAUCUUCACUAAGAUUCUUGCCAACCGGCUGAAACCACUCCUGAACGGACUGAUACACCCGGAUCAAUCAGGGUUUGUACCGAAUAGGGAGGCCAAACAUAACACUACGAAACUCCUAAGCCUGAUACACACAGCCAAAGGAAAAGGACACCAGAGCCUCAUUCUAACCAUAGAUGCCGAGAAGGCAUUUGAUAGGGUAGACUGGUCCUUCCUCAUGGCCACAAUGAAAACUCUGGGCUUCGGCCAACAAUGGAUACAAUGGCUCGCAGCCAUAUAUUCAAAACCGGGAGCAAAAGUGCGGGUGAACGGCCAAUUGUCAGAUACCGUACAAAUAACCAAUGGUACUAGGCAAGGCUGUCCCCUCUCCCCACUACUCUUCAUCCUCACAAUGGAGCCAUUCCUACAAGGAAUAAGAGACAACCCAAACAUAUCUGGCAUUAAAAUAGCAGAGCAGGAAUACAAGGUCUCCGCUUUUGCGGACGACCUACUGUUCACCCUAUCUAAUCCAAAAACAUCCCUACAACACCUUAUACAAGAGAUAGAGGCAUAUAAUGCAGUCUCCAAUUACAAAAUAAACAUGGGCAAGAGCGAGAUACUCCCGCUCAACAUACCGAACGCCACACAAACAGCGCUCCGCAUCACCUAUCCAUUCCACUGGCCCACAGAGUCAAUUAGAUAUCUGGGAGUCCAACUCACAACCACACUGUCACUCCUAUACGCCCUUAACUACACAACCCUUCUAAACAAAGUAGAUACCGAACUCAAAUCGUGGAAUAAACCACAAUUCGGUUGGCUAUGCAGAAUCCACAUCUUAAAGAUGAUGAUUCUCCCCAAGUUUCUAUAUAUAAUGCAAACCUUGCCUAUUAAAAUACCAAGGCCUUUCUUCUCCCUCUCCAGGCGACUAUUCAACAACUUUAUAUGGUCAGGUAGACCCCCGAGGCUACAAUACGAAUGCCUCACAAAAAGCAAACAACGAGGAGGACUAGGCCUACCAGAUCUGGAAACGUACCACAAAGCCAUUAUCCUCACGAGGAUCUAUGAAUGGUCAUACCCUAAAAACACAGCCCAAAGGGUACAGAUUGAGGCCAGCUUUCUCGCGACACCGAUAUAUGCCAUACCCUGGCUCGCUAACAAGACCGACACGAAAACGCGCUCAGGGACCUCUCACCCCACAAUCACACACACAGUGAAACUUUGGUCGACCAUUAGGAGAGACAAACACCUAGCACCACAUCCAUCACCACUCUACCCACUAACGGGAAACCCCUCCUUCCCCCCAGGCAUGGACCACAGGGCGUUUAGAAACUUCCCCAAACAAGCUCAUACACUGACUUUGGGAGAUGUCCUAACGGACCAGGGGGUCACUCCCUUUGAACAACUACUACCCACUGAAUCGCAAACGGGAAUGACGCGACUGAGACACGAGCAACUCAAACACUUAAGCACAAAUCCACCACUAUCACAAGGCCAUAGAACCCACACUCUAUACGAGACCCAAUGCGCACAACACAGCAUCCGGAGGGGCCACAUAUCCUCCUUCUAUAAACAAUUAUGCCGACGAAAGGACGAACUCCUACCUACCUAUACAUCCAAGUGGGAAACAGAGCUGGGGAUACAAAUGCAAACCAAAGAGUGGUAUAAAAUAUUCGCCAAUGUCUUCCGCACAUCCAAAAGCAACAGCACACAUGAGAGCAAUUACAAACGAAUAGCCAGAUGGCACUACACACCAUCCCGCAUCCACAGAUUCUUCCCAAACGCACCAAACACAUGCUGGAGGUGCAAGAAAGCGGAGGGAACCACAAGCCACAUCUGGUGGCAAUGCCCAAUAAUAAGUAAAUUCUGGGCCCAGAUAACGAACGUUAUUCGCACUAUCACGGGACACAAACUACCCCAAGACCCUAAAGUCUAUUUUUAAUGUACCCCAGCCCCCUACCCAAACACUCACGCAUACUGAUCAACCACCUGUUAACGGCAGCAAACGACAUCAUCCCAACCAAAUGGAAGCAAACUGCACCCCCUACGAUCAGAGCCUGGAUAGAAAGGGUAGACGCUAUCAGAGAAAUGGAGGAGCUAGCGUACUCCUUUUCACUCAAAUACCACGACUACACGGCCACUUGGGAACCAUGGUUAACUUUCAUACGUAACACACCUCCACAAAGGCUAUAGACCCGCAUACCCAAACAGACAAAUCUACCACAACGCAACAAUCCACACUGACGAGGUUCUACGCCACGAUGGUACAUACUAGCUAUACCAGGAAAGUUCAUCACCCACCCCAAUGUACUGUUAUGUUAUGUUAUAUUAUGUUUUGAUUUCUACCUGUAUGUUAAUAACACACCACCAACGACUAAAAUCAAACCACACUCGAGUACUCUGUCCAGGGGUACCGCACACAAACGAAUGCUAAAACGUAACGUGCUCGAACAGUUACCACAACCGAUCUGGACUCUCAAGCAUGGUAACAAUGUAUAACAUACAAAAGUUCGUUGAUACCAGAUUGUAUACUGCAAAACAGAUGUUGUAAUCUUGCAUUAUUACCCAAUAAAAAUUUGGAAAAAAAUAAAUAAAAAAAAAUAAAACAAUUGUUACUAUGCAUUUCACCCUUUGAUGGGACCCUCAGAGACCCAAAUAAAAUAAAAAUGAAAGAACAGUAAAAAAAGUAAAAAAAAAAACACAGCAAUGUAAACAAUCCUGUAACAGGAGAAAGCAGCAUCUUUGUUGAUUUUAUAACUUAUUUUGUUCCUUCAAAGUGUUACAUAUGUUGUGUAAAUGAAAUCUUUUAAAACCCUUUUACUUUCUGGUUAUGAUGCUGCAAAAUUUAGAAAAUUGCAAAGCAAUGUUCAGAGGGUAGAUAUAUGUAUAUAUAAAAGCGAUCAAAUACACCACUUCUCAGCCUUUUAAAGAACCUAUUGGCUUUUUUUUGUUUUAAUAUGGUGAUUCUAAUGCCCAUUUACAAUACCGGAUUUCUACAGUAGAGGGCAUUGUAGGAUGGUUUUGAACACUAAAUAGAAGCUUUGCAGUUGAGUCUUUCAUCCUCCUCCUAAAUGGUUGUUACAAUUCAACUAAUGUAUUUUGAGCUGUAAAGGUUGUUAUAGGGACACUGUAGGCACUUUAUAAUUACUUGGUUAUAGUGCCUCUAGUCCAGGGGUAGGCAACCUUUAAGUAGUACUGUGCCAAAAGAUCUUAAAGUCCAUUUGCGUGCUGGUCCUAUUUUUUUUUAAACAGAGAUAUGCAUGCUGCAGUAUUCUGCUUGUGUUAUUUAUGGGUGCUGCAGUUGCUUUGUAGCAUUGCAUUUGUGCUUAUGUGGGCUGUUAUAUUGCAUAAGAAGUUUGUGGUAAUUUGUAUGAUAGCUGUGAAUGUGGGCUAUGUAUCACAUUGUGUGUGUGUGUGUGUGUGUGUGUGUGUGUGUGUGUGUGUAUAUUACACAAGAUCCAGCGCACUCACUUAUCCACUAAACAACAACUUCAAUGCUGACAGAUUUUAUUCGUUUUUAAAAAAAACAAACAACAAUCUAGUGUGUGUGUGUGUGUGUAUAUGUAUGUAUGUAUAUAUGUGUGUAUGUGUGUGUGUGUGUGUAUAUAUAUAUAUAUAAAUAAAAUAACCAGGGGGCUGCACUCACAUGAACAUGCAUAAAUGGGGUGCUGCUGGGGUAUAUAUAUAUAUAUAUAUAUAUAUAUAUAUAUAUAUAUGUAUAUGUAUAUGUCUUCUUGGGUUAAAGACUCGCCAGGCUAAUAUACACCUAUAUUUACCAAACGUAUUCAUAUGCAGUCUGAUGUUCUUUAUAAAAAAAAUGCAUUUAUUCUACUUCAAAAACAAACAAUAUUAUACUUAACAGAUGGUAUUUCUUAACGACAUUACAGAGAGAGAGAUAUUUGUCUUUCUAUCAACAAGUCAGGGACCCACCCGGAGAGGAGAGCGGAGAGUUGGAGAAGUGAGCGUGGUCCUUUGUCCUCAAUUCUUUAUAGGCGAUAUCUUUUUAACCCAUUAGACAUCGAUACCUUAAUAAGUAUUUGAAUAGGAACAUAUAGAAUAUGUAAUAUUCUACAGUGAGUGGCUUCCCUGGAGUCCAGUGGGGGCCAGGUAGAGGUGAAGGGCAGGAGCUGUGAAAGCUGCUGUGGGCUGCCCUACUCCAAUGCAGAUUCCCGUUCUCAAGUGCUGGCAGGAAGUGAUCUUAGAUCACUUCCUCUAAGUGCUGCAGUGUGUAAAUAGAGGAUUGACCCUCACCACCUGCAAUCACCACUUGGGUUCCACUAUCAAAUAUUUGAAGUUUCACUGGGACUCUUGUUGUCUCUGGCAGCCUUGAGUGCUAUGCAUGGCACACGUGCCAUAGGUUGCUGACCCCUGCUUUAGUCUAUUGCACUGUCUCUCCAUUCAGUAUUAAUCCAUUUUUAAAGGACUUUAACACUAAAUGAGGGUCUCUGCCUUUUCAUAGCCACACCUGCACUGGAGGUAUGUUUUAGGCAGAGAUUAUACACUUCCUAGCUAUAGCUGCAAUAGCACUGUAAUAGGCUGAAUGCUCUCAAUCCCUGUCAUAUACAUUUUAAGUGAUUUAGCUGUAGGAUUUGUACUUCUAUCCUAUCCAAGUUUUGAAACUACAUUAGUUAGCUACUUAUCACCUCAUUCCUUCUUUCAAUACCAGAUAGGAAUCCCCUACUUUUUACUGGGAUUCUUUUCAUUUCUGUAUAUUACUAUUUCAAAGAGUUCAGGCCCAUGGUGCAUCUGGUACCACUUAAACUGACCACUUUGUCCUUAAUCUAAACUAGUUUGGAUUAGUGACCUUGUUUCUCCAUUUUUCUAAUUUGUCUCUAAGGUAAAGCAUAUUUUGGCUGCUUUAUCCAUCCAAAAUGUUAUUAAAGAGGAUAUUCAAGCACUAAAAUCACUACAUAUUACAAUGCAUAUGUAGUGCAUUUGGUGGAAAUAUCCUUGCCUUUUUCUACGAAACAGCAAUGUUUACAUUAGGCCGAAAACGUACCUCUAGUGGUGGUCAAACGGGCGAUUCCAUCGCAGUGCAUCGUAGGUCCUCAAUGCUUCUGGAACUGUCACGUCUUCUAAAUGUGUGUUUUGGUUUUUUUUUGGUAAGCCCAGUAAUCUACAUUAAAGGGACACUAUGGUUACCAAGAAAAGUUGGCUUACUGAAGCAGUUUUUUUGUAUAGAUCAUAACUCUGUAUUCUCACUGCUCAGUUCUGUCAAAGGCAGAACUUAAUAAAUGUUUAUUAUGAGCAAAAAAAAGUCACAGUGCACAUAAAAAUAUAUGAUAAACAAAUUAUUUACACCAACAACAGAUAAAAACAAAAAGGAUAAAAUACAAUAAGUCCUAAUUACUCACGGGCUUAGGUUUUCAAAGUACAGCUUCUGCCCAGGGGGUCUCUGGCAAGGAAGGAUGAUGGUGACUCACUUAAAAUUAGAUCUUGGCCCCAAGCAAGUACACCAACACCCCUUCAAAUCAUUGGAUAUAUAUCCUGUGGAUUAUCAAGUCUUGCCCAGGGGUGGAGUUAAGGCGUACCUGCAGAAAUAAGUGAUCACCUCCUUUGUUCCAGACCACCGUCAAUCCAAAUGGAAACAUCUUCUCUUAUGUACCUGCCACAGAAAUAAUAAUUGCAUCUACAAAUUUAUUUUCCCAUUCCAUAGACAUGUCGCACGCCCCACCUGGGAUCCGGUAGGACGGACAUCACAUUUCCUUCCCCUAUGGUCAAGUCAGGUGACUCAUGUUUGGGCUUGUUUAGGAGAUGGCGCUUGUCGCAUUCCAAAUAUAACAAAAAUGAGGCUUAAUUAUUAUUCUGUGAGGUAAAUAUGAAUAUUUCUCUUUGGAUAUAAUACAGGAAAAAGGCUAAUGGCCAUUAACAUAAAAAGAGAUUGCCUCAUCAAUUGCAAGGUACAUGCCAAAUAGAUGAAGAGACAUUCAGACUUUUUCCAAGUGUAGAACCUCACACCUUGCAGAGCCAUGAUUAAUUCACAUCCAUAUGGUAGAAUCCUUUUCAUACCACUAUGUCAUUCAAACUACCAAAAGAAGAGAUCCUGGAACAUAUCCAACCAGACUUCAGUCUUCUGCACAAUUGGAGUCUCACGGUGUUGCUUCUGAAUGGGAAAUUAUGGCAUUGAAAAGUAUUGAUCCAGCUGUCAUCAACAUUGUUAUUCAGGUUAAGUAAAACUCCACACACUGGUUAUACCAGGGAAUUGUCAGCAGAUUUGUUAGCUGAUGUAUGUCUACACAUUUUGAUUGACUCUGUGUCUUUGAAGAAUUUGGCAGCCAAUGUGUUAAGCCUGCAGUUUAAGAACGUAUUCUUCCUUGGGACUUGGUUCCUUGAGUCCUGGUUUCCUUUCGAACAUAUGCAAGUUUUUCCUCUAUAGUUACAAUUCUGGAAGACCACAUUUCUUGUUAUCACCCCAACCAAAUAGUUAGGAGAACUUCACGUCAUGAGUUCUAAAUCACUAUACUAUGUUUUCCAAUCAGACAAGCGAUGCUUAAUCUCUUCCCGAUAAAAUACGGAAAUUUUACGUCAAGCUUGUCCUUGCAUUAAGGACAAGCUAGAGACUAACGUUAAUGCCAGAUUGCCGCAGUUAACACUGUUGUUGGGUGCCUCAGUGUCACAGGCAGACCAGCAACCGCCAAUAGCACUGUCCCAGCACAUGUGAUCACUGUGCCUCAUCUCAGGACCCUAUUUAGCCUUAUACUGCAGAGAACUUGCGAUGGAAGGAUUUCCCCAAGUGAGUAGCUCAUUUAGUAGACAGUUGGUUGUUCGUGAAGGACCUGCCAAAGAUGGGGUACAUUGACGUUGUGGCAGGCUUAUGCAAUGUAUGAUCAUAUAAUGUAACUAAACCCCCAUUAUUUUUUGCCUAGAUUAGGUGUUUUUAAUAAAACUAGCAAAAUCUGACAGCACCAAAGUAGCUGUUUAGUAGAUAAGGGAGUGCGCUGGAUUUUCAUUUUUACUGUACUUAUUGGCCCCCAGCAGCACCCAUUUAAGCAUGUUCAAGUGAGUGCAGCCAGCCUCUUGUUUUCCCAUAUAUAUAUGUAUGUAUGUAUAUAUAUAUAUGUAUGUAUGUAUGUAUGUAUUUUUUUUUUUUUUUUCAUUAUUAUUAUUAUUAUUUAGUUCUUCCAUUUUAAAGUUGCUGACAACGUUUAGGGCCAAGGAGGCUGCUGCAAUUCUGACCUCUGACACUAAUUAUUUUAUGAUUUUUAUUUUAAUAAUAAUAAACUGUUAUGACUUGGUGUCCAAUGUGCCCCUUCAACAUCCACAUAUCCCUGAAAAAAAGUACACAUAUUAGGUGUUAUACUGCCGUAGCACACAUAAGGAUUGCAAAAUAUACACUAACAUCUCCAAGUGUGUGUCAAAAAGGCAGAAAAAAUGCUAAUUGCUACUAAACUUGGUACAAACUAGCAAAAAAAAUGAUCCUACGCUAAGGUUUAAAAUAUGCCUUUUGAAAUACCCUGGGGUGUCUACUUUAAGAAAUGGUAGGCCUUUGUGGGUUUUUUCAAACUGCUAUAAUGCCCUAAAUUAAAACCUGUGCCCAUCAAAUCCAUCUCUCAAAAUUCUACUGUAAAUACCGAAAAGGACAGGUCUCCUAUAUGGCACUGUAGCUUCACGAAAUAGUGCCAAAUACAUUCAUUGUGGGUGUCGUUUUACUCAGAAGACUUAGCUGAGCAUAAUUUUGGGACUUUGAUCAUAGUGGCACAUAUCAAAUAUACAAAAUGCCCAUCAAAAAUGUAAUACGUAUGUAAAAAAAAAAUGACAAAUUAUUUUUUACCACAAACUUUGACAUAUAUUGGUGAAAAAGUGGCGAAAUUUUAAGGCACAAUAUGCACCAUAUGAGAUACCCUGGAGUGUCUACUUACAAAUGAUAGGCCUUUGUGGUUUUUUUUUCGAACAGUCAAACUGCUAUAAUGCCCCAAAUUGAAACAUAGGCCCUUCAAAUCAGUCGCUCAAAAUCUACUGUAAAUACUGAAAUGAACAUGUUUCCUAUAUGGCACUGUAGCUUCACGAAAUAGUGCCAAAGACAUACAAUGGGGGUAUCGUUGUAGUUAGCAGAUGUAGCUGAACACAAAAUUAGGUUUUGUACAGGAAUAGCACACACCCCCCACCCCCCAAAAAAACGUUUAAAACUCACCUUAUUUCCAGCGCUUUGUGACAUCAUCAAAAUGACAGCUUUUUAGCCAAUCCAAUGCUUUCCCAUGGACUGUAUGGGGGGGAAAAAAUUGCUAAAUGCAUGUAAAAGAAUUGCUCAUGGUAAUUUCAUUUUCCAUGUAUUUAGCAGCAGUAAAAGCGCACCCCUUCUUUAAGUAUUUCCUACUUUGCAUUUCCAACUUAUUUCUGGGGUGCUUUGGGUUGUCCAUGGGUUUUAUAUUUUUGUAACCAAUUUUAAGUUUGAAAAUUAGGUAUGAAAUAGUGCCUGUCAAUACAGGAGUGGAGAAUCCCAGUAGUUAUGCUGCUGCUAAUCCUAUUCAAAAUUACAUUUAUGGUGAAUAUUUUGUUUUAUGGCUUGGUGUUCGGUUGCGGAUAUAAGGACAUGAUCCCUUAUUGAUGACAUUUGCAACCAUGUUUGGUAUAGCAGAUUUGAAAAUCCAUCUCUAAAAUAUGCAGUAUUGGUUUUGAAUGUGGUGUUGGUUUACAAAUGCAGAUAUAAAAAUAGAAAGAAAAGUAAAUAAAGAGAGUAUCAUUGAGCCUUCCCAUCCCUUUGAAAACUAAUAUGCACUGCAUCUUUAAAUGUGAGUUAAAUUACAUUUUAGCAUUUGUAAUUGCAUUAUUGUCAUAAAAGAUUUGCAAGUCUGUUUCUCUCCCAUAAGGCAUGCUUAUCUCUUUCCAUUAUCAAAUUAGUAAGUUAUGGAUGAUAAAAUAAUUUCAGUCACAUCAAAUAAAGUAAAUUACAGUCUACAGUACAGCUAGCGCAGUUUGAAUUAUAUAAAGCCUUACUGCUAUACUUGCUAUUCAAUGAUGGUUAUAUUUAAGGUACCCACCUCAUACAUAUAAUCUAUGAAUUUUGAAGGAGGAGCAGGUGUCUAUUAAAGGACCACUAUAGGCACCCAGACCACUUCAGCUUAAUGAAGUGGUCUGGGUGCCAGGUCCUGCUAGGUUUAACCCUGCCUGCUGUAAACAUAGCAGUUCAGAGAAACUGCUAUGUUUACCUAUGGGUUAAUCCAGCCUCUAGUGGGAAGAAGCCAGCAUCCAUAGGAAAUGCUUUCCUAUGAGACUGGCUGAAUGCACAUUCAGCCGAUGAUGGCAGAAGAGGGAGGAGAGUCCCAGCGCCGAGGGAGCCCGGUGCUGGAAAAAAGGUAAAGGAUUAACCUCUUCCUCCCUGCUCAGUCUGAAAUUUGGUUAGAAAACUAACUGAUUACACCCAUGUGUGUUUUUGAUUAACAUUCCAAACCUUAGUUUGAAUUCUAACCAAGCAAAAUUAAAAGGACACUGUAGGCACUGUUGCCAUUUAAUCUCAUCAAAGCGGUUAUUGUGCCAGGAGUGGCACUGGCUCAAAGUGCAGUGUUUAAGCAAACACCUAAAGCACUUCAGCUUGUUAAAGGACCACUUUAGUGCCAGGAAAACAUGCUCGUUUUCCUGGCACUAUAGUGCCCUGAGGGUGCCCCCACCCUCAGGGUCCCCCUCCCACCCGGCUCUGGAAGGGGGAAAGGGGUAAAAACGUACCUUUUUCCAGCGCUGGGUGGAGAGCUCUCCUCCUUCUCUCCUCCUCCGUUCCGCCCCGUCGGCUGAAUGCGCACGCGCGGCAAGAGCUGCGCGCACAUUCAGUCGGUCGCAUAGGAAAGCAUUUACAAUGCUUUCCUAUGGACGCUGGCGUGCUCUCAGUGUGAAAAUCACAGUGAGAAGCACGCAAGCGCCUCUAGUGGCUGUCAAUGAGACAGCCACUAGAGGCUUUGGGGGAAGGCUUAACCCAUUAAUAAACAUAGCAGUUUCUCUGAAACUGCUAUGUUUAUAAAAAAAAAAAUAAUGGGUUAACCCUAGAAGGACCUGGCACCCAGACCACUUCAUUAAGCUGAAGUGGUCUGGGUGCCUAGAGUGGUCCUUUAAACUAGUGUGUGUCUUCAUUUUUUUUAUUUUACAAAAAAAAUCAGAUUUCAAGAGAAAUUGGUGCAUUUAUUAAUUAACAGUGUUACACCCCACAUGGCUGUCAACCAGACGACCAUUCCUGUUACUUCCUGGUAGUAUUGGCUAUACUCAAGAGGCAGGCAAUUGCUCAGAGCACUUGCCUUGCAAAGACUUCUCAUUGAGCUGCAUUGGGAAGUCUGUGAUUGAACAGCCAUAGAAUGUCUUUUUUUGGGGGGGAAGAAAGGGGGAGGACUUGCAAAGAGAUCUGCAUCUUUUGAAAGCUGUUUUUAGAUAAACUGCUAAUCAAAAAUAUGCAGCAAUAAAUGUGUGCUUGUUUUCAUUGGGGUAUAUCUACUAAAUUGUUAAAACUUUAUUCCAUUUGAGUGUUAUUCAUUUAAAUAGUUUUCAAAUGGUUCAGCACUGAAUGAGGGUUUCCAGCCCACCCACAGUCUUGCCCCCACUGGUGGUAUACCUAAGGUGACGUUAUAUUCUGCCUUAGCCACACCAACUCAUACCAACAAUGGGUGGCAGACAGUGGUACGCCAUGGGUACAUUUUUACGGCCACUCCCACCAUAUAUUGAUUUAAGCGCCUCCUAAAACUCCCCUACAACACAGCCUAUGUCCAACCUUAACAUGUUAUACCGAUCAAAUUAUGAAAGAUUUCAGAGUAUUAUACAUACCUACACUGGAAAAGUCACACAAUGCUAUGUUGCUCCUGCAUUACUAACCUUCAGAAUUAGACCUGCACCCGCAGUGAUGCUAUGAUGCAUCAAAGUGGCAUUAGUCUAAAUUAUAUAAUUAGAGGUAUUAUUUCUCUUUCAGUAUUACGGGGGACUUGGAGUUAAUCAUGAAAGGGUGCAAUAUCCUUCCAGAUGCUUUUUAUAACUCCCCUUGGGGCGGCAGCCCAUUUCGCCCCAAUACGGCAAUGUAUGUUGCUAAACUGUUCAAAAAUUAUUUUAAUGCUGAAAUGUGCGCAAGAACCAGAGAACUCCAGACACACUAACUCUUGAAUGAACUGGAGUUUUUCAGCAGUGCCUAGUUAUCUUUUUAAUUAAUAGCUCUCAGAUAUACAAUAUCUAUGUAUAACAUAAUGCUGGUUUCUGCUUGUACAGUAACAUUCAGAUGAAUAAAUUUACCAUGGACUAUAUUCAGAAAACAACAUCCUUUAGGUUAAAAUGGACAGUAUAAAAAUUAGAUGUUAGCUGCAGUUUGCAAAUCUGUCAACUCAUUCAAUGUGCUAGAAGUUACUAUUUAGUGUACAAUUCCCUUGAUGCAUUCAUUGAAGUUUAUUCUCAAAAUGUCAAAUUGUAAUGAAUUGAAAACAAAAUUGUAAUGUUUGGGCCAAAAUAACUGUGUGUGCAGUGUACAGCACUACCAUUCAGCCUCUCCACGCUCUGCAGACGAUGUUUGGCCCCCACCCCGUCCAGCCUCCUUGUCGACUUAAGCCAAUCUAAUGGUUUAUGGGAAAGAAUUGGAUUGGCUGAAAUAAUAAAUUCUGACGUUGUCAGCAAGGAGGCAAAUCGUGGGAUGGGGCCUGUGCCGGCAGGCAUGCAUAGCGUUGGGAAUAAGGUACGUUUUAUUCUCUUAUAAGGGGGUUAAAAUGGGGCAAGCCACCUAAAUAGUGGUUUUAACAUCAUAGGGUCAGGAAUACAUUUUUGUGUUUCUUACCCUAUUGUGUUCCUUUAUUAGUUUUAGUGAAUAAACCAUGCUGUAGCUAAAAAUGUUUCAGGCAAAGUCAAUUGUUCAGUUCUAGUCUAUUAGUAGCCUAAGGUAAUACAACAAGAGUUUUCAUGUACAUUUUUUAAUCUAACAUUAAAGUGACUUUUUUUUGUCUUUUUGUCUAAGAGCACCAGAAGCCGACAGGGAGAAGCUAGAGAUCCUGAAGUAGAGCUAGAGGUAAUAAAUUUCUUUCCUCUCAUGUUACUGUCUUACAUUGUCCCAUAGAAUAAGAAAAAUCUUUAAAAAAAAACAAACAAAAAAACUAUGUAUUAUUCCUAUUUUGCUUGUGUAUAUGUGUAGUCAUUUCUUUAGACCAGGAAUAGUACAUUGUGAUUUUGCUAGAUUCAUCCCGGGGCAUAGAUGUUUACAUGUUAAUACUAAUUUUCUAUUUAUGCCAACUAUUUUCUCCCAGUUGGCACUUAACUCCACUAGACUUGCUGACCCUUAUUCACUACUACUUAUCCACUUUUUCUGUACUCUUGCUUUAAGCAUUUUGUCCUUAACUUGUAAAUUCAAAACUCACAAUCUUUAUACCCAUUUCAUCUUUAGCAUCAGCAGUGCUUGGCAGUAUUCAGCAGAGUGAAGUUUACCCGUGUUUUGCUCACUGUUUUAAUAGCAUUUACUAAGAAGGAGGUAAGUUGUUAUUUUUUUUAUUUUAUUUUUUAAUAAUCUGUCUUUACUAACCUAUCUAUUUUUUUCUGUGAAUUAAUCCGCUUACUUGCAUUUUUUUUGUGACAUAGACAAGUGCAGUCAUAGAAGCAUCCAAGAUGAUAGGCCAAGCAUCUGACCUUCUCUCUGCCAUUCAAAACUCCCUUUCACAUGGUAUUCAGGCCCUGAAUGAUACGACAAAGGGAGGUAAGUAAUGGAGAAUUUUUAUAAUAUGGAGUUUGAAAUUAGAGCAGGCAUGCUGUGCACGUUAUACAGUAUGUUUAAAAGCUAAUAAAAACAUUGAACUUUCUAUAGUAAGGAAUUCCUGCACACCAGUGAACACUCCUAGCACUGAAGUGGUUAUGUUGCCAGAAGUACCUUGUUGGUGUCCCAGCUUACUUGUGUCUCCAGACAUCUGCAACAAAUCCGGUCUAUUAACCUAAGCACAGCCGAUACAAGGCUGUGCUUAUUUGCUUAGAGCCAAUGAUCAUGGUAGUGCAUGGCCCUGCUUGUAGAACUGCUGAACAAUGCUGGGGCUAUGGUGCUGUGUGUUCAGUGGGAACCAGGUAAUUUGUUAGAUUGUUCUAAAUCAAUUUGACAAAUUAAACUGGGGCCAUACCAUUACACUUAUUGCCCCCUUUAGCUCUUUAGAGGACUUUUGUGAUUAUGGUGUUCGGAAUGUUCCUUAAACUAAAUAAUUGUUCCUUACAUUUGCUGAUGUUAGACAAAUCCAGAAAUAUAUAUGUCAUUACUUUUUGGUGACUUUAUGGGAAGAGAAACAACGUUUAAUAUGUUGAAUUUCUUUUGUAGAGCAUCCAAUUAUGAUGGGGUUUGAACCUCUUGUUAACCAGCGGCUUCUCCCUCCAACAUUUCCUCGUUAUGCAAAAAUUAUUAAGAAAGAAGAAAUGAUUAACUAUUUUUACAAACUUAUAGACCGUAUAAAAAUGGUCUGUGAAGUUGUCAAUUUAACAAACCUUCACAGUAUUCUGGUAAGUUUAUGGUUUAUCUGCUGGUAACAAAUAUGUUUUUUCUGUUUUGGUUUUUUUUGUACUGUUUAUUUUUAUAAUUUUUUUUCUAUGUAUGGUCUUAAUAUAGACUUGAUAACUAAACAGGAGGCCUUGAGUGCCAUCCUUGGUUUGUUUUUGUUCAGUAUUUUUGGAGCGGUUUCAGCAUUUGGGAUAGCCUAUGCAAAAACAUAUGUUUCUAAAAUUGUUGUAUUGUUGGUUUCUUUGAAUUUACAUCAGUGUAAUAACAAUUUUUAUUUUAUUUUCCUAAAAUAAUAGGACUUUUUCUGUGAAUUCAGUGAGCAGUCUCCUUGUGUUCUCUCAAGAUCCCUCUUACAGGUAAAUGUGUUUUUAGCACAUAAUUACAGACAAUAUAGGCAUGUUUAUGCAACUGAAGAUUACCAACAUGUCAGAGAUGUAUUAAAUAUAUGUUCCAUACAAUUUCAGUUAUAAUAAAUAAAAUCUUGCCCUUUCCUGUGUUCUCAUAUUGAAACCAAUGAGCUUGUUAAUGACACAUUUGAUGCCAAUAUUGGCAAGCUAAGAAAAUUCUCCAGUUUGGCUAGUUUUUCCAAUUAGGCUAGCUUUCCAAUCUUUACUCCCCUGUCAAUUUCCCAAACAAGUGAGAGCAUUGUGCAAUGUUCACUAACGGCAAACACGCACGCACACACACAAUGUUCACUAACCGCAAAAACACUCUCUCUCUCUCUCUCUCUCUCUCUAUUCUAUGGCUACGAAAUUAAGCAUUCACAGUUUAAAAAAAAAAAAAAAAAAGUCUAAUUUUCUUUAAGAGGGGGAAAAACACUAAAAACAAACCUGAAGAAAAUGUUUUGUUAUUCUAAACUGUUUCUGUAUUUUAGACUACUUUUCUUGUGGACAAUAAAAAGGUUUUUGGAACCCAUCCAAUGCAGGACAUGGUGAAAGAUGCUUUGCGGUCUUUUGUUAGUCCUCCAGUUCUAUCCCCAAAGUAAGUAAUCCAUAUAAAUACUUGGACAACACCAGAAAGUCCAUGAAAUAUUAUGUGAUUGUCUUUUUUUUUUUUUUUUUUUAUACAUUCCGUUUGUUUCUCCAUGCCAGAUGCUUUCUGUAUAAUACCUCCCAAGCAAAAGACUACAUUGAAUCCUUUGUUACACACUGUGCACGAGUGAGUACAUAUUCCAUUUAUUAAAAUGCCAAAAACCCUGUCUACAAGUAGCAUAAUAUUUUUCACUCACUGAAUUUCUCUUUUUUGUAGCCUUUCUGCAACUUAAUUCAGAUCCAUGGUCACAACCGAGCACGACAGAGAGAUAAACUGGGGCAUAUUCUAGAGGAUUUUGCUACUUUACAGGAUGAGGUACAUAUUGUCAUGUUUCACACAGCUCUGUAUGUUUUUAUGGUUCACGCCCAGUCAAAUAAUACAUUAUUUUGUAAUGUGAAAUCUGCCUUAGUGCCCUCCCCCUCUCCAACCCUCCUUGUAUGUGGUUAUAAGGUUUGGAUUGUUGCUUUAAAUAUUUCUGUAUUCAAGGAUACAUAUUCUUGAAAGGUAUUCUAAAACAAAUAUACAAUACAAGAUCAAAUGAGCAUUCCGCUUUAAUUUUUAUUUAGACCAAAGAUAUGCCUGAUGCUAAAGUAUUUAAAGGCUCCAUAAAGUAUUUAAAGGCUCCAUAAAUAAGCACUGUUUGUUCAGUGUGAUUGCAAAGUAUGAUUUAGAAUUUCUUUCUAUAGCCCAACAAACAUCUUUUCUUAUACACCUUACAGUUUUUGAUGGUCUUUCUGUAUUUCCACAAUUCAAAGGUUUAAAAUAUUUUGUUUGUAAUGCAUACUAAGUGUCUAAUAUCAUAACAUGUGCUAUGCAUUGCUGUCUCUUUGCUUACCCUCCUGUUAGGCUGAAAAAGUAGAUGCAGCUCUUCACAGUAUGCUGCUCAAACAGGAGCCACAGCGGCAACAUCUGGCCUGUCUGGGGACGUGGGUUCUAUAUCAUAACCUGAGGAUAAUGAUCCAGUAUCUGCUGAGUGGCUUCGAGCUGGAACUCUAUAGCAUGCAUGAGUAUUACUACAUCUAUUGGUAAGCUGGUAAGCUUAAAGAGAUUCACAGACUAGUCCUGUGGAGCACAUGUGUAUAUAAAGGGGAUAAAAUAAAUGUAUGAUAAUUUGUCAAAUAUUAAUUAUGAUCACAUUUUAAUGAUUUAAACAAGGAUUUUACAAGGACUUGAAUAGUUUUUAAUCUAACACCACUUUUCUAAAUGGUUAAAUUUGCUUUCAUUGGAUAUACAUGUUUUUUGGAUAGAUCAUUAUCCCGUCUUUCACAUAAUUUAGUGUUCUUGUUGCAGUGCAUUUUACAGCGGUUAAUGUUGUUUUUGAUGUCCUUUAGAACUAUAUUCUACAUAUAAUUUUUGCCUAACAUUUUAUACAAUUAUUUUAUAUUAAAAGUGGGUUAACCCAUUUGUAUAUCAUUAUGUUAAGCUAGAAUACUGAUUAAGUGCUGGUUUUGGCCUUUUACAAUUGCUCCAUUUGUAAUAGGCUUUUUCUCCUAGUAAUGACAUUCUUAACUUUUAAUUAUUGGGUCAACCUUUAUAAAAAUAUUUGGGAAAUGAAAACCGUUGGACUGUAUACAGAGGAAUUAUGAAUUAAAUUUCAUUCUGAAAAAGGAAUAUGGGAUAUGUAUAAGGCUAUCCUAACUAUAAGAUAAGGCCAGGGAAUAAUGAAAGUAUUUUAAAAAAUUGGGCAGACUAGAUGGGCUGAAUGAUUAUCUGCCGUCACAGUCUAUGUUUGCUCAAUUAGUACCUAGUAGUAAAGUGGUUCACAAAAGUAAGGUUCGCUUGCCCCUUCCAUCCUUUGCAUUUUACCAUUUUGACUCUUUGCUACCUCUCUUGGUAAGUGAUCCCUCUAUUCAGUGGCGUACACAUGACCCAUGGGGCCCCGGUGCGAAAAUUUGAUCCGUGGCCGCCACCCCCUCCCCGCGUGGGCCGGGGCCGCAACACAUGGCGGCGGGCACCUGGUCGCAGGGUUUGCAGGGCUGCGAACGUGGUAUGUAUGCCAGUGCAUGCAGAUGCACACACUUAAAGGACCACUACAGACACCCAGAUCACAUCAGCUCAAUGAAGUGGUCUGGGUGCCAGGUCCCUCUAGUUUUAACCCUGCAACUGAAAACAUAGCAGUUUCAGAGAAACUGCUAUGUUUCACUGAGGGUUAAUUCAGCCUCUAGUGGCUGUCUCAUUGACAGCCGCUAGAGGAGCUUCCGCUAUUCUCACUGUGAAAAUCACAGUGAGAAGACACUGAACGUCCAUAGGAAAGCAUUGAGUAAUGCUUUCCUAUGGGCGGUUUGAAUGCGCACGCGGCCGAAGCUGAGAGGCGGAGUGAUCCCCAGCGCCAAGGGAGUCCGGCGCUGGAGAAAGGUUAGUGCUAAAGACACACACACUGUCACGAACAGAUGCAUACACACACUGACAGAGACACACUCAGCGACAGACAUACAUACACACUCACUUACAAAACAUACUCACUAACAGACACACACAGUAACACACUCACUGACACUCACUAGCAGACACACACUCAAUAACUGACACACACACUCUAACACUAACACAUACGUUUUUUUUUUUUAAAUGUAAUCACCCCAGCCUCCUUACCUUUUGGAGAGCUGAGGCGAUUCACUGGGGUCCAGCGGUGCUGCUGGGCUCCUGGGCGGCCGGUCCUGUGGGCAGGCAGGCUGGCGGGCGCGCGAGGGAGCACUCUCCCCUGAGUGCUUCCUCUUCAGCUCCCUCGCGCGCCACGAACUGAUGCCAGAGCCGGAAGAUGACGUCAUCUUCCCGCUCUGGUAUCAGUGCGGUGCGCGAGGGAGCUGAAGACUGAGCACACAGGGGAGAGUGCUCCCUCGCGCGCCCGCAGGACUGGCUGCCCAGUGACAGCAGGGCCAGCCUCGGGGGGGCCCUGAGGUGGCCAGCUCCUGGGCCCCCCAGGAGAAUGACUUGUGCAAAGACAACAGGUGUGUAGUAAUAGAGGCAGUGGCAUACAUACCGGGUCGCAGCCGCAACCCCUACAACCCCGGUAUGUACGCCACCGCCUCUAUUACUACACACCUGUUGUCUUUGCACAAGUCAUUUAGGUGUUUUCUUUAAAAUGUAUAUUUGUAUUGUGUAUAAUCUUAUACACAGACGUUUAAGAGCUUGGCAAAAAUAAAAGAGCACACCUAAAUCAAAUAAUUUAUUUGUGGGGGGUGGAGCCUAGCAGCAGACCUAGACCGACGUACAUUAGAUGGACAUACUGGGGGAAAAAAACCUUUUUCCAACUAGAUAGUGUCGCAAUCAUACACCACAAACCCACAUGGGACGAAAAGACAAAAACCAGACAAGCCCAAACUGGGGCGCGAUAUCAGCGAUUUAUUCCGCCAGGCACAAGGAGCACAUGGGCCCAAAAUGGCCACCGGUAUGUUUGCCCCGUUAACACAGCCAACACCAACAAAAGGGCCACCCGACCCAGUCACCACUGAGAUCCAUGUUAGGUGAAUUGCAACUGGUACUAUAGGCCGACGUAGCCCAGCUCCGCACGCACUUGACAGGCUUGGUGGGCUGCAUACAGGCCUCCUCCGACAAACAGGCACAAGUCAUAGCGAAACGCCAAACAGAAAUGCUGGCGCUUAAAAAGCACCAAGAGAUCAAAGACCAACGCUUUACAGCUGUUGAGGACCUCAGACGCCGUAAUAAUGUGAAAAUCAGAGGCAUCCCUGACAAUAUCCCAGCGGAGGAACUCACGCAUUUAACGCAGUGGCUCAUCGGGGCUUUUCUGAUGCCGAAAUAGGCCAGGAAUGCGAGCUUUGAAGCGGUCUUCCGGGUCCCCAAAUCGCGGAGAGAUCCAGCUUCAGCCUCAAGGGACAUUGUGGUGUGAUUCCGCAUAAGCGCACGUAAGGCAAUGGUCCUUGCGGCCCUCAAACAGAAAACCUUUGAAAAUGCAACCCUUCCCUUUUACGCUGACCUGUCCGGGGACACCCUACAAUGGAGACGGUCCCUCCAACCACUCAAGGCGCUACUGAGAAAGAGCGACAUAGAAUAUAGAUGGCGCUCACCAAGGACUCUACAAAUCCAGGGGAACAGCUUGACCCACACAGUUAUAGACCUGCAGGAAGCAGUGGCGCUACUGCCACCACUCUGCCUACCAGAGAACUCCCUACUUCCUCCAGGGCAUCCAGAAAAAAAACCCACAGCUCACCGCUGGGACCCAGCAUGGAUUACGCCGUGCCACAAGGAAGAAAGCCAGAGGCUUAUGUGGCAGCCACGACUUGGGAAUCACAACUCCUAUAUCGUCCUAAGGACAUACACCAGUUGAGGUUUGAAGUUCCUUAUAAUUAUUUUGGACUCCAACUUUACACUUUUAUUUUUCUGAAGCGUCCCAGACACACCUGGGCACUCACAGCCUCAUAAUCCAAACCUCUUAGCCUAACAAAGUUUCUCUGGUUUAUGGGCAAAAGCGUAUGCAGUUCGAAGUUGUUUGUUUUUACUUUCACUUGACUUGUUCUUUUUGUUGACAAACCGUUGUACUUUAGGCCCCAGGAGCUGCAAUACCACAGACGAGACUCCACCCACACCCCAACAAACUGACACACAAGGGAACUCCCUAAAAAAAUAAUAAUGUAUGUGUACAUUACAUUUCAUAGAGGGCUCACCCCGUUAGGGAAAUCUAUGGCUAAGUAUAUUUACAUUGCCACCUAGUAACCCCUUAACAGUCAUUCAGAUGGCCACUGGAGGUGCUUCCUAGUCCAGUGCUGCACAUUGUGCAGCAUCUAGGUUCAGCUUCUCCACGCUCUGCAUGGAGACGCUGAAUGCAUCCCACAGAGAUACAUUGAUUCAAUGACGAGAUGCUGAUUGGGCAGCGAGUUUUGCACUGCUGAAUUUUACAGCAGAUGCUCAAAACCGCCCAAUGCCUUCCUAAAAUAAAGCAUUGGAUUGGCUGAGAUCAUCAACAUUGAUGAUCUCAGCCACGGAGGCAGGGACAGGCACCGUGAGACCGGAGUGGCGUGGUUAAAACCUUUAAAAAAACAAUUAUAAAAAAGUAAAAAAAUAAUCAUAAAUUACUGUGUAAAGUUCUUCUUGCUAGUCCUUUGUCAUAUUUCCACCUAAAGAAAUAAAACUUUGUAUCUAACAAUGUGUCAGUCAUGAUCAGUUUAAGUGUAACUUGGUAUCCAAGUAAAUGUCACUCAGUAUCCACUAAAGUGUAUGUCAGAAGCAUCAGCUUAAUCACCACCUUAAAAAAAAAAAAAAAAAAUGUAAUAUAUAGUGUGAUAUUAUUUAUUAAACUUAAGUGAAAAAUCCAAAUAAAAACUCUUUAACAGACACUUUACCAUAUUUUUGUUGAUUUUUCUAGGCAUAUGUUAUUUUUCCUACUGGGUUGUACAAAAAAUCAUCAAAUGUGAAACCAUUUUAGGAGAGCGACAAAGGACUGCUUCUUCUACAGAAAUAGACUUAAAUGGAAACUGUCACAUUUGCUGAUUUUGCACAACCCAGUAGGAAAAAUACACCAGCCCGAGAAAAAUCGAUGAAAAUAUGGUAAGUGUCUGGCAGUCAGGAGACUAAUUUCCUUCUGAAGUGUGUGCUGCUACAGGAGGAAAGGGCGUGCAGCACACUCAUCUUGAUAAAGCCCAAUUAAUCAGGCAAAAUGCGUUGAAGUGAGCAGCAGUGUGAUGUAUACUCUGGGUUAAGGUACUUAACCAGAUAUUGUCUCCCCUAAUUCAUAGCUCAGGACACAGAGACUGGUGGACAGCAUUGUGUGAAGGAGAGUGGUAACAGGCACUGAGCAUUUAUCACCCAAAGUGCUAUUUCAUGAGCUCAGCGAUAAGUCUCACAUUUAUUUUGUGGCGGGGGGAGGGGGCUUGUGUUUUUUGUUUUUUUUCCUGUAAUUUAUUUCUUUAUUGAGACAUUAAGUAUAGUACAAGUCUGCCCGUUGUGGGGUUGCAUUCAUUUAUUUUCUCCCCUUCUCUUGUCUAACCAUACCCUUUACUGUGGCUGGACCUACACUCUAUCUUUGUUAAUUGUUGCGAUCCAAAGUCAGAAGGAAGGAUAGUAAGAGUAACGAUAACAUAGCAGUGAUGUCUCUUGCUCAAAAAAGAAGACAAAACAGAAGAUAGGAGUCACAAGAGUGAUUUUAACUCUGCAAUGAUAUUUCUUCCAUUUUAUUUAUCCAUGUAUCCCAGUCUUCUAUUUGCCCAUAUCUACUUUCUAGGUUCGCUAGAAUACCCUUUUCCAUUCUUGCUUGCCAUAUAACCUAUUAUUAAUUCAUUGGUGCGUGGAAUUGUUCCUGUUUUCCCGUUUCGUGCUAAUAGUAAUUUAGCUUCCUUGAUUAUGUGCAAUAUUAACAUUUGUGUUGUUUUUGUCAUGUUUAGUAAGACCACUUCAGGCUUAAGAGGUAGUUUUAUUUCAGUUAUUUGGUAUAUUAUCUAGGUUACUUCUUUCCAGAGUUUGUUUAUGGGUGCGCAUUGCCACCAUAUGUGGAUCAGGUUGCCUUCAUUUAUAUUACAUUUCCAGCAUCUAUCUGAUAACUCUUGGAAGAUUUUCUUUAAACGUUUCGGUCUUAGGUACCAUCUGUUUGAAAGUUUAAAUUGAGUUUCUGUGAGGUUUAGGCAGUGUAUAUUUUUAUUUAGUUUAUUUAAAGAGCUUAUCCAUUUAUUUUCUUCUAUAUAUACUUGUAAUUCUUUUUCCCGUUUAUUAAUUAGUCCUAUUGGUUUAUCAUGUCUCCAUCUGUAUAUAACUUUUGCACAUUUUGCCAUUAGAUUUUUAGAAUUCUUUAGUUCAAAUGGAUGUAUAAGAUUUAUGGUAUUCCCCCAUCUUGGUUUUCAGGCGACAUUCUGCUAAGAAACCUUUAAUUCGCAGAAAUUUUAAUGUUUCUCUGGAGGGAAUGUUGAAUUCCUCCAUAAUUUGGUUGAAGGAUUUAAGAUUAUGUUCCACUGUUAUAUUUUUAAAUUCCCUUAUCCCCUCCCGAUAUCAAAGUGUCUAUAUUUAUAUUGUCCAACAUAUCUGAUAAACUAGAAAAUGGGGAGUGCGUCUAUUCUAUUUCUGAAUCCUUUCCGGUUUGUGAGUUAAUCCCACCAUCUCGUUAAAUCUUUAAGUAUCUGAGAUUUGGUUCGUGCCUCUUUAAUAAUUUUUUAGUUUACGUGUAGAACCCAAAAUAGUUCGGAUAAAUUUCCUACCCCAGCUUUUGCUUUUUCCAUUUUGUACCAUGUUCCUUGGGUUUCUGCAUUGUUUUGUGAGAGCAUUAUAUGACAAAAUCUACUAGCCUUAAUAAUAUUGUAAGAUUUCUGGGCACCCCAGGCCUCCAUCCUGCCUUGACCUGACCAAAACGAUCAUUUUAACUCUUGCUUUCUUACCGCCCCAUAUGAAUUUUAGAAAGGAAGAAUGAAGUAAAGGUAGCCAGUUUUCUAGGAAAUUGAGAGGGAGUAUUCUCUACAAGUGUAGCAGUUUUGGUAGAAUGUAUGCUUUUGGAUGUUGAUCCUACCGGACCAAGAAAAGCCCACACCUUUCCAGUCCCUUAAUUUUUAAUUAGUUUUUUUUAGUAGAGGUAAGAAAUUGACUUCUAUUAGAUCAUUUAGAUCUGAGGUUAUAGUUAUACCCAAAUAUUUUAGCCUUUCCUUCCUUUCAGGGAGCCCAAUGUUUUGUUCAAGAAAGUUAAUUUCUCUUUUAUUCAUAUUUCUUGCUAUAAAUGUUGAUUUCUCUAUGUUCAUUUUGUAUCCUGAUACUUUGGAGUAAUUGUUUCUCGUUCAAUAGCUCUGCGACCGAGAUUUUUGGUUCUUCUAGUGUUAGUAAGAUGUCAUCUGCAUAGAUAUUUAGUUUGGUUUGUCCUAACGAAUUGGUAAAUCCUUCGAUUUGUUUUUUUUUUGUCUUAUUAAUAUUGUGAGGGGUUCUAACACCAGUAUAUAUAGUAAAGGGGGAAGGGGGCACCCUUGUCUAGUCCCAUUUUUGAUAUUGAAGUUUUGUGAUGUAAUUCCUGAGCCUGUAACCUUUUUUGCUGAUGGAGAGCUGUAGAGUGGUCAUGACUUGUAAUAUUGCUCCCAUGAUUCCGAAUUGUUUUAGGGUGGCAAACAUGAAACCCCAUCCAACCUUUUUCUGUGUCUAUUGACAGAAAUGUUAGAGGGGUUCCACUGUUCUCUGUUUCUUCUUAUAUGUUUAUUAUUUUUCUGAGAUUGUUUAUUAGGGACCUCCCUGGUAUGAAUCCGACUUGUACUUAUUUUUACUGUUUUUAUAAUUGUUUUUAAAGUAUUGGAUUUAUUUUAUUUCAUGUACUAUUUCACGUUCAGAUUAUCCCUAUUUACUCAUUUUCAUUCUUUGGAUCUGGACUGAGGAAUCUGCUGCUUAUUCAUAUGUAACAAAACACUAGAAAGAACAGGGCGCCACAAUCUCUAUAUUGGUAUAUAAAAAUAAGGGAAUGAAAAAGAAAUAUAGAUGGUGAAGCAAAAACAGCAAAAGUUUAUUGAUAAAAAAUGUAAAAAACAAUCACAGCAUAACAUAUGUGCCAAACAUUAAGAAUAUAAAAGCCACGGGGGCGUGGCUUAACUCCGAAUGGAAGCAGUCGCAUAAUUUGGAAGCUCCGCCAUUCCGUGGGCUUACACAGCGUGGAAACCAACGAUACUCACCUACCACAUCUCCCGCAAGCCGGCGAGGGAACGGGGGAGGACAUGACCACUAAAUCCUCCAAAAAACUAAAACAGAAGACGCUGCACUCUCACCUCACGAUGGGGAACAAUGGCGUCCAAGAUGGCGCCGACGGAGCGCAAUAUUCCGCCUCGGAUCACGAGAGUGGAGAAAGCCUAGACCCCCCUGGCAUCCCCAACACCCACUUAGCCACUGAUGCCUCGGUGAGCAGCAUGCUACAAUCGCUCCAGACCAACCUUAGGUCGGACUUUUCCAAGAUGGCGGCGGACGUCAGGGCAGAUAUCCAGGCUCUGGGAGACAGAACAGCACACUUGGAGGAGACAACGGAGGGGCUGAGAGAAGCGCAUAAUGAGCUGGCAGAAGCGCACACGACACUGCAGCGAAAAGUACACUUCCUAGAGAGCAAAAUCGCAGAUAACGAGGACAGGGACAGAAGAAAUAAUAUACGGCUACGAGGCGUCCCUGAAACAGUGGGCCCUCAAGAUCUGGCCACAUUCGUUAAAGAUCUGUUUAAGACGCUCAUUCCGACAUUGGAGACCUCAGACCUGCGCCUAGAUCGCACUCACAGAUUACCGAAGCCGAAGCAAUUACCUCCAACCACGCCGAGAGAUGUAAUUACCAGAAUACAUUACUUUGAGGUCAAAGACCGCCUAAUGCAAGCAUCCAGAACCAACCCAUCAUUGCCAAAGCCGUUUGCUGAUAUCAAACUGUUCAUUGACCUGUCAGCGGCAACCAUGACCAAGAGACGAGCGUUUGCACCUGUAACCGCAGCGCUCAGAAAUGCAGCUAUCCCGUACAAAUGGGGUUAUCCCACGAAAAUCCUACUGAAACGAAAUGGAGUAGACUUAGUGAUCUUUACCCCACGAGACGGCGCAAAACUACUCAGAGAAUGGAACAUCCCAAUGGCUCGACUUGACAUCGCCAGUCCGCCAGCACCUUCACCACCCAGAAAACAACCCCAGGACUACCGACCUAUCCCAUGGCACGCGGCGGAUACACCGACGACGCCACACCAUCAAACGAGGCCCAAGGAUGUAGAACACCACUGAUGGAGCACAGAUAUGUAUCCCACACAAGAACUAUACAAACUGGUUCCCCCCUGGUGCACCCUCGCAGCUGUGCUCACUUGCAAGGUGUCUCACAGCCGAGAGCCCACCCAGGCGGAAAACCGCUUUACUGUUUACGUUACUUGAUUGGCACUGUUAUUCCCUUUUCCUAGACCUAAUUGUACUGUUAAGAAAUAUUGCCAGUGCGGUGUACUAACAGAGAGACGCACACAUAUAGCGUUACGCCCGGUAAUUGCCGGUAAUAGGGCAAUAUAACCCAAACGAGAGAAAAAAAAAAUAUAUAUAUAUAUAACAUAGGAAAACCGUAACCGGUAAUACCUGUCAGCACCCACAGAGCCCCACUCGGCUUACUUAGUAAGCCAUUUCAUUACCCGUCAGCAGAUUCCUGCACUAAGCCACCCGGCUAACGGGUUUUGUAUAUAGUUCAAGUUGUACUGUUGUAUGUUGAACCCCACCACACCCCCCCAACCCCCACCCACGAAAUCGACAAAGUAAGGUGACACUAGGGGCUGAGUAGCACAGCAUAGCCUUUACCUCCCUGCCCACCUAAUUAUAGCUGUAAGGAUGUCAAUCACUGUACUCUCCCUCAACGCCAAAGGGCUGAACACGCCCCAUAAACGACGACUGGCACUUUUAGAAGCCAAAAAAUGUAAGGCACAGGUAGCCUUUUUUCAAGAAACCCAUUUUAAAUGGGGCUCACGGCCCAAAUUUAACUCCCCCUGGUUUCCGAUAGAUCAUCACUCCUGCUGCUCCACAAAAAAGAGGAGUCUCUAUUUUAAUAAGUAGGAACGUCACUUUCGAGCUGGUCCGCAAGAUUAGUGAUAAGAAAGGUAGAUAUCUCAUCAUUCAGUGCCACCUUAACAACAACCCCUUCACAUUAAUGAAUAUAUAUGGACCUAAUGAUAACCAAGAAAUGUUUUUGCACCGAAUAUUUGCCUUGUUGAAUAUGUACAGCUUUGGGGAGGUAAUACUUGGAGGCGAUACUAACUUUCUCCUGGAUAGCAUUAAAGAUUCCUCUGCCUCACAUACCAUAACACCCAACACCUCUAAGAGACGGCUCGCACAAUCGCAUAACAUACGCGAUAUCCUAGCAACACAUGAUUACGUAGACCCUUGGAGAAUUACACACCCCAAUGAAACUGAUUACACAUGCCAUACGGCGGUACACAAUAGUUACUCCAGAAUAGAUAGGUUCCUGGUUAGAACCACUUCCCUCCUUAAGAUACUAGACACUACCAUCGGAGACAUCACAUGGUCCGACCACGCACCAAUCACGUUAACGCUCAAGGACCGGUUCCCUCAGACUGGCCAGAGAACUUGGAGAUUAAACAACACCUUGUUAACGAACACACACAUAGUCCGGGAAGUUACACAGGACCUACAAAACUAUUUUGAGGACAAUGAUAAGCAGAACAUUGACCCGGACUAUGUCUGGCUAGCACACAAGGCGGUCAUUAGAGGCAGCUUCAUAAAGCACGCAAGCUAUGCCUUCAAGACACAAAAAGCACAAUACUUAGCCCUUAUCAAUGAGAUCAAACAUGUUACACACAGCAACAAACAUGCACCCACCCCUGAGACACAACGGAAACUUUUGAGCUUACAAACACAAUUAAGAGAUAUAGAGUUAACUAAAACCACCUACCUCCUACGAAAAUCAAAACACAAAUUCUUCGCGGCAGGGAACAGAGCCGGUGCUAAACUAGCAGCGCAAAUGAAACAAAAAACGAUCGCCUCCAGGAUUGCCUACCUCACAGAUGGUAAAGGUCACAAAACUAUUGACCCACGAGAAAUUGUUAAUAUGUUUGCAGAUUACUAUCGUCAGCUGUACAAUCUUGGUGACGAGGGUACUACUAAGGUCCCGACCGUAGCGGACAUAGACGGAUUCCUACAGGACCUCUGCUUGCCCUCUCUGACACCGACCGCAAUACAAUCACUACGACAGCCUAUUUCCUUAGAGGAGAUCACUUUGGUGAUCAAAAAAUUACCAGUUGACAAAUCACCUGGACCCGACGGUCUCACCAAUGCCUAUUACAAAUUAUUUGCGAAUACCCUUUCCCCGCACUUGCUGAAACUAUACAGACAGAGCAAUGACAGAGGAGCCCUACCGGCAGAAGUACUCCUAGCACAUAUAUCCACCCUCCCCAAGCCAGGGAAACCACCGACACACUGUAAGAAUUUCAGACCCAUCUCCUUACUGAAUGGGGAUGCUAAAAUCUACGCCAAGAUCCUUAGUAACAGAAUAGCACCACUCCUCAGAAACUUAGUACAUAACGACCAGUCAGGGUUUGUCAGGGGGCGGCAGGGCUCAGACAACACCAGACGAAUCCUCAACAUACUGACACACAUGGAAAAAAACAACACAGGGGGCCUUCUCCUGGCGCUAGACGCAGAGAAGGCCUUUGAUCGCCUCAAUUGGAAGUACAUGUCUGUAGUCCUGGGGAGGUAUGGAUUUCCGCCCGAAAUGAUCAGGGGGAUAGAGGCGCUGUAUAGCGCACCCGCGGCGAAGGUCUCCAACGGAGGCUUCACGUCUGACAAAUUCUCUAUCACUAAUGGGAUGCGCCAAGGUUGCCCCCUGUCCCCCCUCCUUUACAUUUUAUCGCUGGAACCUCUGGCGCUAAAGAUUCGUAUGAGUCCUGACAUAAGAGGAGUAAUAGUGACAGGCCAGGAACACAAACUGGCACUGUUUGCCGAUGACGUUUUGGUGUCAUUGACAGACCCAGAGAAGUCCUUGCCACACCUCAUGAACACCCUUACCGACUUCGGCUUAGUUUCCCACUAUAAACUUAAUCAAGAUAAAACUCAAGCACUGACGGUUAACCUACCACUGGAACGUACACAGACACUACAACGACAACACCAAUUUGACUGGAGACUCUCAUCCCUCACAUACCUAGGGGUCAAAAUCGCAACAUCCAUAGCAAAAGUCAUAAAAUUAAAUUACCUACCCUUACCACACAUGUGCAAGGCGGACACCCUAAAAUGGAAACACGUGCACCUAUCCUGGCUAGGAAGGAUUAACGCCUAUAAAAUGUCUAUACUACCCAAAAUUCUUUGUUUUCCGUAUGCUACCUCUCAAAGUAUCACAACCUCUGCUUAAGAGCUUACAAAGCACAUGCAACACUUUUAUAUGGGACAAUAAAAAGCCCAGGAUCCCGCACAGACUUCUGUACACCCAGGUCAAACAAGGCGGAGUGGGACUACCAAACAUUAACCAAUAUUAUAAAGCGACAGCGCUAACAGCUGGCAUAAUGCUACACUCUCCUAAAGGGGACAUCAGCUGGGUAGACAUGGAGAAUGCCCAACUAAAAGCACUAAACAUGGUUGACGUCCUAUGGACGCCUAAACACCUACGGACCCCUAAACUAGACCUAUUUCACUCAACGUCUCUGACACUUAACAUAUGGGACACAUUUAUGGCCACAAUGGGGUGCAAACUUUCCUUUCAUACCCGGGCACCACUGACUGCCUUAGAAACCGCAUCCCCCGACCUCCCUCUAACAAGGUGGACUAAGGCAGGAAUCACCAACGUCCAACACAUAGUAGACAAUAAGGGUGUAAUAGCAUUCGCGGAUAUACAUGCCAAAUGGCACCUACCGGUGAGGGAAGUAUUUACCUACCUAAGACUCAAAGGGACCAUAAUGACUCAUGUGAACCUACACAACAGCACUCGGGAGCAAUCACCAUUAGUAGGCGGGAUUUUGGACAGAUGCUGGGCCGCACCAAACAAACCAAAAGCCAUCUCCCUCUGCUACAAAAUGUGGGAAACCACAUUACCACAACACAUCCCCCUCUGUAAGACUAAAUGGGAGGAGGACUGCUCCCUUCAACUCUCAGAGGAAGAUUGGGUCAGAGCACUAAAUAGCCUCUCAAAACUCACUAGAUGCUACUCGCACAUAGAAGCACAUAGGAAGCUACUCUAUAGGUGGUAUAUGACGCCAAGUCGGUUGCAUAAAAUAUACCCCAGCGUACUGCCGACAUGCUGGAGGUGUUCGAGAGACACUGGUACAUUCCUCCACAUAUGGUGGACAUGCCCGGUGAUUCAACCCCUCUGGACAGAGGUUAGGAGUCUGCUGGGUAAGCUGGGCGUGGCAAACCUGUUGCCAAGCCCGCAAACAUACCUCAUGCUUAUGCUCCCCAGUGACCUUGCUAGAGAACACAGACAGGUAUGUGCCAUCACGUUAUUGGCGGCCAGGAACCUUCUAGCGACGAACUGGAAGUCGCACCUAUGCCCAUCUAAAAUACAACUAUGGGAUAAGAUUCAACAAUACCAUGUCUAUGAACGAAUGACGAUGACCCAUAGUAUAGAAUCACAGCAGUUCCACUCAACGUGGAAACAGUGGACAUGCUUAUACAGCCAAGCCACAAAUCCCCAAAAUCCACCUUGAGUCCGUUAUAUAUGGCCUGACAGACAGUACCAGCACGCAACACCGUGCUUAAAGAACCGACCUUUAUCUUCCCGUACCAGACUGCUUUGCCCACAAACACCUAACAACAGACAGACAAUAUGUGAGUGUAAAGCUAUACUAUGCAACUUUACGUAUACGUAUAUCAGGUAUAUUGCUAUUGCGGACAUAGUCUGUUAUCCUUAUAACUCCCUUCUCUCUUCUGUACCCCAUGUACUUGAAAAUCAAUAAAAAAUUGUAUUAAAAAAAAAAAAAGAAUAUAAAAGCCACAAUAGGCAAGGAACCCUUAGGUAUAGCAGUUUAGCAGGACAUGAGGCUGAACUGGGCAGUAAAGUGCAAGUGCUAAAGUGCAAGAUGCCUAUAAGAAAAAUGCACUAAGCCAAUCACUUAUACAAGUACAGUACAAUUAGCCCAAAGUAAAUGCUGCAUAAGCAGUAUAUAAAUUCAGCAAACAUACAAGAUAAAAGCAGCUAAUACCAAAGUACAGGGUCCCAGAUCGUGCUCAACGCGUUUCGUCGUCUGACUUCCUCAGGAGCUUCUUCUCUCUUCACAGGCACUUUAGCACUUGCACUUUACUGCCCAGUUCAGCAUCAUGUCCUGUUAAACUGCUAUACCUAAGGGUUCCUUGCCUAUUGUGGCUUUUAUAGUCUUAAUGUUUGGCACAUAUGUUGUGCUGUGAUUGUUUUUUACAUUUUUUAUCAAUAAACUUUUGCUGUUUUUGCUUCACCAUCUAUAUUUCUUUUUCAUUCCCUUAUUUUUAUAUACCAAUAUAGUGAUUGUGGCGCCCUGUUCUUUCUAGUGUUUUGUUUUUGGUAAUUGGAGUUGGAGUGUCCUCUAUACAGAGGCUUGCCUGCACUUGUUUUUUUUGUUACUGUUCACCCACCCACCUUUCCAUUUCUUUCUUUAUGCUUAUUCAUAUGUAUCUUAUUUGACAGAGCCCAGAUACACAUUUGAGCUUUCUUUGACUAAUGAGAUCUAGGUAGCUUCAUAUACUGUUGUACUGUUUUAUGAGAUCUUCAAAGCUUAAUAUCCUGUUAUACUUUAUUCAAUUUUCUUUUUCUGGCUAUUUCUGUGGCAGCAUCAACUACCCACCCUUCAGUAAAGUCUUUGUAAUAAGACUGAGGUUUCUACAUAGGGAGGGGAAUUUAAUAAGAUUUGUUUGAUACUUCCUGUCCUGACUGCUGAGUGUUAAUUUAAGCUAUUAGCUAUGCUGCCAUUGAAAUGACCAGUAACAGAUAAUUCAGGCAAGUAUGGGUAACCAUUUUCCCAUUUUUGUUCUCUUACUGAAGGUACCUGUCAGAAUUCCUCUAUGCAUGGUUGAUGUCCACGCUUAGUCGAGCAGAUAGCUCCCAGAUGGCAGAAGAGCGUAUAAUGGAGGAGCAGCAGAAAGGCAGAAGCAGCAAAAAAACAAAGAAGAAAAAGAAAGGUAAUUAAAUUCAAAAGCAAAUUACUUUAAUUGACUCAGUUACUUAAACUGAAGAGCAAAAGAGGCUGCUGCAGAAAGCUCCCUGAAUACUGUACAAUGCAGAUUAAAGUGUUUUUUAUCAGAGCAUCACCAGAGUGACCAUAUAGUCAUUCCUUGUCUAUUAAAGCAUCAAGUGAAAACACUUUUAUUUUAUAACAUAGUUGACUUGCUCUACUGGUGGCUCUGACCUGCUGGUUUUGAUAAGGCUUUAAUUGUAAGAGCCACUAAAACCAUUUGUAGAACAGUAUAAGCAACCAUCAUUUUUAUUUGAAAGUGAGCCUCUCAUCAACUAAAUGCAAAGAUUAAAAGACCUGCUUCAGUGACUAAAAUGAAAUUCAUAGAAUGAACUGCUAUAAAUUCUUAGCAAAUGUGUAGAUGAAUAUAUACUUUCCUGAAGCUUUUUCUGUAGCCAACAACAUGGCUGCUGCAGUGGAUGCAUGUGAAUUUUAGGGGAGAGAUCACAUGUCCUGGUUCCCAAGCUGAGAUAGGAGAUACAUGGCAUGACUGGAAGUAAGAGAAAAGGUUGGUUGGGAUCCAAGGAGGAAGUCAAAAUAUGGUACAGGCAUGGUAGAGAGUGGGAGGUCUAGAAUAGUAAUGGUGCAUAGCUGAGACAGAGAACAAUAAGUGCUCAGGGAGGAGUAUAGCACUUGAUAUGGCGGGAAGGGCAAACAAUAUUGGCAAUCAUUUUGCGGGCAGAAAGGUAUUGUGAGGGGUUAGGGCCAAAUGUGAGGUAUACUCAAAAUAGGUUUUGAAUAGUACUGUGUGUCAUAAGGGAGGAAGGAGAUAUGGGUAAGAGUUUGAGAAGAGAAAGUAGACAAAUUAAUGGUUUUUGGCAAAAUGAACAAACGGUUUUGGACAUGGCAGAAAGGAAGUGCAGAUGUUAGUAUUGUUGGGGUGGGAGGAGUAUUCAGCAUAGCUGGGGUAGGAGAGUCCAUAACAUGGUUGGAGAGAGGAUUUUAUGGUUGAUGUGAGAAUACUGUGAUAUAUACAGGGUUCAGCAUUUGGUCCUUGGACAGAGUAGCAAGAGAAUAUGGUUGGUAAACCUUACACUAUACUCUGUUUUGCCAGACCUCUGCCUUUCAGCUCACUGUAAGUGUGAGUCUGCACUAUUGUUAUAACAUCCAUGAAACUAACUACCCCACAUACAUGUACAGGCACUUUCCCACACUGUCCAGUACACCCAGACACACACAGAGAACAGAAGAGGGUAGUAUCAAAGCAAGAUGAUCAUAAGAAAAGAACACUGUGGAGUAAGUGUAAAGAAUGAAGAAAUAUUGGCAUAAAUGUGAAUAUAUAGUUAGAUUGUGUAUUUGUUAUAUAUGCUAUUGUGUGCGUAUUUUUUGCUAGUACAACAUUUUGAAUAGUGUAUAGGUUAAGGGAGUUCACUUUUUCUUAGUAAAAUGCUAUGCCCCAGUUAUGAUUGAGUCUGUAUGCCCAUUCAUUGUGGAAUGUUAAAAUUAUAGAAGUAAAUAAGAUACUCUGUAAUGAAUAUUAUUCAUUUUUUUUCUUGAAACCUGGUAAGUGUUUUUAAAAAAAAAAAAAAAAAGCAUUUCCAAGUAGAUAUAGUUUUUUGUUCAGUAACAUUAGUAAUUCUCAGAUUUGUUUUCAGUUUAUUUGGGAAGUACACAUGCAUGUGACAUUGAUAGAAUAUUUCCUCAAGUUUGCAUGCAAGUGUUAUUCACUUUAGUCUGUGUUCUUUCCACAGUGCGCCCUCUGAGUAGAGAGAUCACUCUAAGCCAAGCUUAUCAAAACAUGUGUGCUGGGAUGUACAAGGUAUAUGCAGACACUUCUUGUUUUUAUCCUAUUUCAGUAAAUAGAUAACUAAUUCACAUAUCCUUUUCUGAGAUCUAAUUUGUUGUCUGUGUUUUUAUAUGGCCCUGUUACCUUGGCUUCGGGGGUCUGUUUUGUCCAAAAUUAUUGUCAAUUAUUAUAUUUUAAGCUCCAUAUUAUUCAGAAUCAAUUACUUCCAGAGAAAGGGGAUAUAAACGAAUCAUAUUGCUAGCAAUAGUUUAAAUGUAAAGUGAACCUAGUCUCUGAAAACGUAUUCAUUUUUGUAUGAGUAGGGUGUAUUCAACUUGAUGAAAGCUCCCAUGAACUUCUACUUGUUGUUGAUUUUUAUCAUGUCUUUUUUAGACAAUGAUUGCAUUCGAUAUGGAUGGCAAAGUUAGGAAACCAAAAUUUGAGCUGGACAGUGAACAAGUUCGAUACGAGCACAGGUUUGCGCCAUUUAACAGCGUAAUCACACCACCUCCAGUGCACUAUCUGCAGUUUAAGGUAAGGUCUUACUUCUCAAUAAAUGUAUAUAUAUUUACACACACACUCACACAAACAUACUCGUUUUCCUGGCACUAUAGUGCCCUGAGGGUCCCCCUCCCGCCCGGCUCUGGAAAGGGGUUUAAACUUACCUUUUUCCAGCGCUGGGUGGAGAGCUCUCCUCCUUCUCUCCUCCUCCUGGGCUGAAUGUGCACGCGUGGCAAGAGCUGCGCGCGCAUUCAGCCGGUUGCAUAGGAAAGCAUUUAGAAUGCUUUCCUAUGGACGCUUGCGUGCUCUCACUGUGAAAAUCACAGUGAGAAGCACGCAAGCGCCUCUAGUGGCUGUCAAUGAGACAGCCACUAGAGGCUUUGGGGGAAGGCUUAACCCAUUCAUAAACAUAGCAGUUUCCCUGAAACUGCUAUGUUUAUUAAAAAAUGGGUUAACCCUAGCUGGACCUGGCACCCAGACCACUUCAUUAAGCUGGGUGCCUAUAGUGGUCCUUUAAGGCAGGGAUAGGCAGGCUUCUGCACUCCACGUGUUGUAGAUUACAUCUUUCAUAAUGCUGGCAAUGCAUCAAUGAAGGUGUAGCCCACAACAUAUGGAAAGUUGAAGGUUGCCUACGUCUUGUUGAAGGGAAUCACACCCUCUUGACUUUCAAAAGAAUAUAUUUUUUCAUUUUAUAAUGUUUCAGUGUAUUAUUAAACUUUCAUCAGGUGCUUAUGAAAGUUAAAUUGCAAAUAGAAACGUUGACAAAUAUAUCUAACAGUGAAGUAGUGGCAAUCUCAGAAAUAGGUUUUCCAGGACCCCCAUUUGGGGCUCCAGCUGAGAUCAGUUCCCACAACAUGUGUGUAAACAUCUGUGCUCAAGAUUCCACUAGCCAUUGACGAGUAGAAAUUAAACUCUGAUACUUGUGUUAUGGAUCCACCAUGCUUGCAGUGGCAAGUCAUUUAUCAGCUUGCCUAAAUGUGUAGAACUUUAAUUUUUGUGCACAUCUGCGCACCUCACAAAAUAAUGUGUGCGCGCGUGUGUAUUACAGGAGUAUUGCAGUAUGGCACAGAUGAUAUAUUGGUGAAUACUAGUUAUACCCUAUACAUGUAGGUAUUUGGACCUGGUAUAUGCUUGCCUUGGUUUUUUCUGUUGGGUUAUUCUAGAGUUUACCUGUCACUAUAAUAAAAUCAUCAACAGUUGUUUUUUUAGAAAUUGUUAUCCAGUAUUUGUACAAUUUGACAUUUUCAUUUAAAACUUAUACGUAACUCACAUUUUUUUGUCUUCUGCUUCUUCUUUAUUACAGGAAAUGUCUGAUUUAAAUAAAUAUAAUCCUCCUCCUCAGUCUUCAGACUUAUUCAUGGCAGCUAGCAAACAUUUUCAGCAAGCAAGGAUGAUUUUAGAAAAUAUUCCCAAUCAGGAUCAAGAGGUGAGAUUUUUUUGUUUUUGUUUUUUUUUUCUCGAGCACCAAUCUUUUAAUUUAUUUAAUGACGCUUUUAAAGCAGAGGCUACCCAGUUGUAAACUGCACACCUACUGAGGCCAAACAUAUUAGGGUUUGGUGUAUUAGAGAAAAUCUGGAGCAAAAUACUAAACUUGGAACAAUCACCAUGGGAUGUUAAUGUUGAUUGGCUCACAUUUAGAACAAUUGCUGUUUAUAUCUAAACCCCAACAUCUAGUUUUGAUAUAUGCAGGAUACAUUGAGUAAACUUGAUAUGACUGUUUAUUUAAAAAAUAUUAGUGAGAAAGACACAUUUUUAUACAAGUUAGAGUAUAAAUUUUGGGGUCUCUGUGACCUCAAAUAUUCUGCUAUAUCUUUCAUAUAUGCAUUGGUACCUUGUUAGGUUAUGCAUAAUGUUGGACAGUCUGCUAUUUAAAUGUUUUGAUUGUAUAUAUUUGCUUUUUUGUUUAGGUCACUGAGAUUCUAAAGGUUGCCAAAAACAAUAUUGUCGUCAUGAAGUUGCUUGCUGGAGGUCAUAAAAAGGAUUCAAAGGUAAGGUUGCAGCAUGCACAUUUCUGUGUUUUCAGUUUGAAUGUCACUACAUUCUCCUAAAUAAUAUGAGUGGGAUGUUAGUAACUUGUUUUAACCUAUUAAGGAACCAUGACCGGAUUAUUCCAUUAUGAUGGUCCUACCCUUAAGGACCCAAGACAGAAUUAUUCUGUCAUGUGGCUUUUUACCAGGAGGUACUGUUUCCCCUGCUGGUUACACAAUUAGUUGCCCCGUGCUGACUGAUGAGCUGUGUAUUUUACUCAGAGUGCUGCACACAGCCCUUUAAAUUAGCAUGUUCAGCCACUGUCCAGUCAUCAUUACUGACUUCACUGUGAGGUCUGAGAAGACCCCGCAGCAGCGAGACCAACAGCUGAAGAGGAUGAUCGGCGCUGGACUAUGCAUGGGAAUAAGUCUGCUGACAUUGAUGUCCACAUUUGCAAAUGGUAUGCAUAUAUGGAGAAAUUUAAAUGUGUGAGCUGCUAAAAUGUCACAAAAGGAGAUAUACUGUUGAGAGUUAAAAAGUUAACUACUGUAGUACAUUUAGAUAGCAGCAUGGGCACAAAAAUGUUGGGCACAAUAAAAUUAAAUGAUCUAAUGUAACAGCUCAAAUAAACAAACCAGAAUCAAGUAGUACAAGCUCUUUGAGUAUAUAGACCAUAAACAUAGCACAAUCAUUCUAUUCCCUGACUAGGGAAUAUGCGUGAAAAUAGAGGCCAGGUCCCAACAGUCCAAGUCUGGCCCAAACGCCACUCUAUCUGCCCCAGGCAUAACCCUCGCUCACCCACUGCUCCUGCGUAGUCGGAAACCUGGAAUAUCACAGGUUGCGUCAAAAGUCGCCUAACCACCCCAAAGUACCUCUAGUGUAAUUAUUGCAGUUUCUCAAUAAGUGGUAUGAGUGCUAAUAGCGUCCUUUUAUUAAUCACUAGUAUCUAAGGAGCUCCUGCAAGCUGUGUCCUAAUCUACCAGCAAGCAAGCCCAACCUAUUGACACAUUUUACAUAGCCAUCUAACAGACAAUCUCUGAUAAAUAUUGUAGUAAAAUUGUUUUAUUACACACACAAGACUAUUUUUUUUUUUUUUAAAUGUGUAUUUCAUAAACUUGAUGUGUACUAUGUCUGUACAAAAAUCCAGAUCUGACCAUUCCAGUCUUUAAAGCUGGAAUUUUGAUAGGCUUAUGUCUCAUUUUUGGGUUUUAUAGCCGUUUGACUGUCAAAAUUCCUUUCACAAAUGGAAGGCCAUAAUGGUGUGGACACUCCACUGUAACUCAUAUGGUGCAAAUUGUGCCUUAAAGGGACACUCCACUGCUCAAAUACAAAUAACAUUUUAGUAGAUAUACCCCAAAAUAAAACUUACAUGCAUUUGACUAUGCAUUUUUUUUUUAUUGAGAAUAUAUCUAAAAACAGCCUGUAUAAUUUAUGAAAGUGUCAAUUUCUUCUUAAAUCUGCACUUUUUGUAAAAUGAAAAAAAAAAAAGGACACAUCCUUCACACAUAAAGCUUUUAGCAAGCUAAAGUGCAUUAGACAUCUGGAGUGUCCCUUUAUCAUGCUUCCAUUUUUUCACCAGUUUAUGUCAAUGUUUGUGGUUCUUUUUAUUUUUUUGCAUUUCUUUUUUCAUGCAUAUUGUAUUUUUGCUGGGCAUUUUGUAAAUCUGAUGUGUGCCCCUGUGACUGUAACCAAAUAAUUCUCAAACAUUUCUGAGUAAAACAAUACUACCUCAGUGUUACACUGCCAUAUGAGAGGCAUUAAUAUUUUACAUUGAACACUUAGAAUUUUGAAAUCGAUUUAAUGGGCCAAUUUCUUACUUUGGAGCAUAUUUGCAAUUUAACAGUUAAAAUUAACCUGUAGAUACAUACAUACAGUUGAAAAAACAGACACCAUAAGGUAUGGCAUAUGGUAUGUUUUGAGCCUUAUUGCACAGUAAUUUUUCACUAAUUUAUUACAUAUUUUAUGCAAUUUUUUUAUUUUCAUUUUUUUUUUUUUUGCACUUUGGAAUUUAUCUGAUUAUUUUGUGAACUUUGUGUUAUACGAUUAUAUAAAAAUCACUAAAUUGUGCUCAGCUUUAUCUUCUGAGAACUGAAAGGCCCCCUUUGUGUACACUUGUCAAGUUUUUUUGUGAAAAUACAGGAUUUAAUUAGUAACCAGCCCACUGCAGUUUUUCCAAGAAUGGCAAAGUGAAGAUGGAUAUGCAAUAAGUAGUUAGAAUUGAAUAAAUCCAAUUAUCAUUUUAAAUGCUUCACAUGAAUAAUUUCAUUGUUAUUUGAAUGAUUGACGCAAACAUAUUUUUAGAAAUUGUUAUAUAGUUGGAUUAUUGUAUAGUCACAAAAAAAAAAACAUUCCAUGCAGAAUGUUUAUAUUGAAGUAGGAAGAAAGUGUAAAAAUCUAUGUUGAUCCACAUAACAAAAAUACUGCUGCAUCCAUGUAGUCUAAAUGUCCAUUUGUUGACUUCUAAUGUCAUUCACGCUGGUUUAAUAGCUGGAGAGCUUCCUGUUUGUUCACUAUUAAUACGCUUUUUUUUAUUAUUAUUUUAAAUUAAAAUAUAUAAAGCAAAAAUGUGGCUUCUCUGUAUCUCAAUAGAAAUACAUUACACUAAAUAAAAAUACAUCAUAAAAAAGCACUACUUCUGGGAUAUUUGUUCAUUAUGCAACUUGCUUUAUGAAAGCAAGAAGUUGCGAAACCGGACAUUCUCCUGGCAUAAUGGCAUGACAGAUACAAAACUGUUUACUUUUGUAUCUAGGCUUGUUUUGGACUUACAGACAUGCAGGAGCUUUAGUUAUUCCACAAGCAAAAUUUUGCAUUUGGAAAACAUAGUAACGCCUGCUGAAAGGCCUGCAUAUAUUUAAUAUUUUUUUUUCCUGUUUGUUUUAGAUUCCACCUGAAUUUGACUUCUCUGCACACAAAUAUUUUCCUGCUGUCAAACUGGUUUGAGUGGUUCCUACAAAGAAGAGACUGUCACAGAAAUAUACACUGUGUUCUAGACUAUUCAGUGGAAACCAAAUGCAAGACUGACGUGAAAAUAGUUUUAUUCAUAAUUUUGUUAUUGGUUAAAAAAAAAAAAGGUUUUUUUUUGUUGUUUUUUUUAAGGAAAGAAAAAAGAUUUUAGUUGCUCCCAUUUUCAUAAUUGUGUCUAAACACUUGUUUUUGAAUAAGUAUUAAAUAUUUAAGAAAG